CCCUGAUCGAAUGGGAAGCGUUGCUAUGGGGAUCCAGCUCUGCUUCGCAGCCGGGCUGCCCGCGCGCCUUUUUCAAACCGCUUCUCUAACCGCCGUGGAGUCAGUCAGUCCGCCGAGCUCGGACACCGCAGGGUCUCUCCGCCCUCCAGCCGUGCGGGCCAGCAAUGACCGUGUGUGUGUGAGAGACUGACUGACUGAGAGAGAGAGCGGGCGGAAGGCCUGGUGGAUGCUGUCACGGUAAGUCACACUGUCAUCUCUCCUGCCAUAAUAACUGGAAGAGCGAGAGCAGCCUGAAAACUACAACUCCCUUCAUGCUUCUCUUCUUGUACUGCUAGCAGUUAGCCUUGCUCUGCUUGGUAACAUGUGAUUUAUAUUGUAAUGUGUGCUAAAUCAGGGCUGGAUAAAUGGCAGGACCACAGCUACUGCUAACCGUGUAUCCAGACACCCUGUGCUGCUGGCUGUAAGACUGGCUAGGAGGCAUGGGAGUUGGAGUCCAGCAGAACCUGGGAUGGUUUUAUUGAUCACCUCUGGGUUAGAGAUAAGAUAUUGGAAAAACAAAAACUUGGGGGGAAAAAAUAAAAGAUGUAUCAGUGAUAUUUAAAGGAGCAUCCUAAUCCUUGUAUCCCUGGACUAUGUCUAGUAAAUCCCUUUCAGAGGAUUUUCAGGGGUCAGCGACAUGUUGCCAAAUGCUUGAUAAAGAAAAUAAGUCAAUUAAGGGCAGACAAUUAAAGAGAGAGUUCUUCUUCUUUCUGGUCUCUCAAUAAUGAAUUUCCCUGUAAAUAUGUGUCCCCAAACAGAGCUCGGCAUGCUGUGCAGUAUCCAUUCAUUUAUUGCUAAUUUGUUUGAAUGGGAUUCUGAGGGGACAGGAUGCGUGUGUAUUUUUUAUUUAUUUGAGGGAUUAUUGAGUAUGCGUGUGAUUUGGUAGAGAUGCGGAUGCUCAAUAAUUCACUCAGAGAAAUUAAAUACCAGGAUUGUCUGAGCCGAGGGAAUUUUUGGUGCGAAGGAUACACCUUUGCAAGGUUGAUCACUAAAGUGGAAAUAGUUGAGAAUUCAAAGUUUAGACUAAAAUGUCUCUGACUGGGAUUAUUUUUCCAAUUUGCUCAAAAUUCACGGUUCUUUCCUGACCAGUCACAUUAAUGAAUAAUAAUCACUACAUGUUACUGCAGUGCUUUAGAGUAUAGAUGCUACCCCUUUUGAGGCGUCAAAUAUUGCUAUUUCUAUUUACAUUUGGCCAUAAACACUCCACUAUGGGCUGUCAGAAAUAAAUACACUUCCUCCUUAUAUCUUUUGAUUUUUCUAAGGACUUAAAGGAUUACUAUAGUGUCAGUAACACAAAUAUGUAUUGCUGACACUAUAGUGGUAAAAUAAUUAUUUGGAUUCCUGGCCUCCCUUUGAAAAGGGGAUAACACUCCCCUUUUUUACGACACCACGCCAGUCUCACUGCAGUUGGCUUCGUCUCCUUGGCUGAGAUAAUCAAACUUGUUGAUCUCAGCCAAUCCAAUGCUUUCCCAUAGGAAAUCAUUGGAAGGCUAUUAUGCAUGCAAGACAAAACCCUGUGUUGCUCCAAACAGAAUACCCGCAUAGAGAUGCAUCAAUGUGUCUAUGGGGAAUGUUCAGCGUCUUCAUCCAGAGCGUUGGAAUGUUUAUCGUUGCAGUCUUGCUACUGGAAUUAAUGUAAGUUUUAUAAAUAGGGGUGCAGUAUUAUAACUGUAAACAAACCUCAUGAAAAGCAUAAAAUAAUUUUAGCAUAGUGUUUUUUUAAAAGAACAUGGUAGCAUUAGGAAUACAAACAUUUUCCAAACACUAUAAUGUCCUGCUUAUUAGUUAGGGAACCAAACCCUCACCUUAUGUGAAGAAGACAAAGUGAGUUAACUCCUAAAUGGCAAAGAAUUAAUCAGUGAUACUGCAGGUGCAUGAUCUGUACACUUAAACCACUUCAUUAAGCUAAAUUUGUUUUAGUUCUAGGUAUACUCUUUUUAAUAAGGCUAUAAUGUCACCCAAAAGGUACACUGUAGACAAAUAAACCGCUUUAUUUCAUUGAAGUGGUUAUAGUGUGUGUGGAGUCCCCUGGCGCCAUUCUUCCAUUCAAUGCUAAACUGUUUUUAAUGCUAUGCGAGAGUUCUCAUCUCGGGUUAAUAAGGAAGCAAUUCCCUGAUCAGCAAUGGGCAGCUAUGACUGGCUAAGGGUGUCAGUGACUGCUUUCAUCCUAUCACAGAGUCCAUUGGAGGUAUGAAUCUAGAUUGUUAGAAGGAAGUUUUUAAUCUCUGCCUUAGCCACAUCUUCAGUAGGUGCAGGCUGAGGAUGGUUAGGGACCCUUAUUCUGUGUUAAAUUGCUUGAAAACCGUUUACUUCUGAAUGCAGGGACCACACAAGUUGACUCCAGGCAUUAAUUCAUUUAGAUAAAAUGGGAAUAGUGUCCCCAGUAUUUUAAGUGGCAUAAGAACCCACCUUGUAUUUGUCGACCCGCAAUAGAGGCAAUUGGCUGACCGUGUAGAACUAAUUCAUCUCCAGGGCAAAAUUUAUCCAUCAGGUUUGACCGAUUCUCUCAGUCCAGGUGUUUUGGAAAUACAUUUUCACAUAGAAUCUCCAAAACUGAUUGAAUCAGAUUCCAAAGUCUCCAUUGAAUUCACACACCCUAACCAGCGUAGCUCAUUGUUGUGAAUUUGGUAGAAACCGUCAACAUUAAGGUGCUAUUCCACUGGUUAGUAUUAAACAUUUGUUAUGGUUUGACAAAGGCCAACGGCACUCCUGACUCCUGCCACUCAAGGAAUGAGGGAAGUAAGUUUCCACAUUAGCCCAUCUAGCUUAGUGUGGCAAUGAUAUGCAGAGAAUACUAGGGUAAAAGCCCUUAGUGAUCUGAACAUAUCCUUGGUGUCCAAAAUUGGAUGGCAAAUGUAUCAUGGAUUAGCUCAGUCAUGUCCAGCCCGCGGGCCAAUUGCGGCCCGCGUUCCGGUUUUAUCCGGCCUCACAGGUAACUUGUUAAAUCUAUAUGAUGUGGCCCCCAGUGAAUUCCCAAGCACCGCUGAGGACGUGCAGGCCCGCGGCACUCAGAGAUUCUCUGUAUCUUUUGAACGCUGCGGGACUGCAUGUCCCUUAAUCUGUGUUCUCGCAAUCUCUUGAAUAUCGUGGGAUCCUAUCGACGUCACAGGAUUUGGCGCGUUUCUUCUCAGAGAGAGAAGAGACGGAAUAAAGAAAGAAGGGACAGAAUAAAGAGGGAAGAGACAGCAUUCUGAGAUUCUGAGACAGAAUAAAGAGAGAAGAGACAGAAUACUGAGAUUUGAGAUGGAAUAAAGCGAGAAAGGACAGAAUAAAGAGAUCUGUAUGGUGAAAAAGUAAAGAGAUUUGAGACCGAAUAUGAAAAGUGUGCCGUUUGCAAUAUUUUGCAUUUAAUUUUAAUGGUUUAAAGAAUGUCAGGCAAAAUGGUUGGCCCUCACGCAUGUUCACUUCAUCAAAUCUGGCCCUCUUUGGAAAAAGUUCGGACACCCCUGAUUAGCUGUAUAGCAGGCGUGGGAACAGGCUGUAGGUGCCAGGAGAACUAUCCUCUUUUGACACAAACUGGGAAUGUAUCUCGAAAAUUGAAUAAAAUUGCACAAAUACUUUGCCAUAUCACAAAGAUGACUGUUUAGAAAGAUUUGCAGUGAUUAAAAUGGUAUUUCACCCAGUUUGCUCUAAUAUUAUAACUCACUCCAACAGACUAGCAGAGUCAGGUGAUUUAGAGCCGCUCAUGUGGCUUGCCGUUAUGUUCAUCACGUGUGGAAGUGCUGCUUACACAGGGUACAGUAGCCACUAUCUUACUACAUAUGCUUGUUUAAUCCUUUAACCUAUGACUAACCAGGGCCACUUCCUUUAGGAAUUAAUUACUGCUACAUCUGGCACUUGUGACUAGGUUAAAUUAGCAGGAAAGUUUCAUGGUGUUGGACAAUAACUCGUGGUUCAUACAAACAUGUCUACACUUCUAUAUCUGGGGUGAGCAGCACCACUUUCAAUGUGUGUGUAACAGUCACCAGGGGACUUAUGGUACAGUUUACCAGGAAUUGGAGCCCAGUUGCAGGAGAUGGCACAGGAAGCAGGCAAAAUCCAAAACACAGUACAGAUCAAGGGAAAAUCCAAAGGCAGGGUCAGGCGAGAAGCAGAAGUCAGGGCUGGCAGCGGAGUAACAAAGUCAGUAAAACAGGCAGAGGUCAGAGUCCAGGAAAUCCAUCAGUAGCAAAUCAAAGAUCCGGCAGAAAACGCCAAACAGGCCAAAUAACCAGAUCAUAGGUUUCAGGCUGGGCUGGCUUUUACAGCCUGCUAAAUAGGUGCAGCUGACCCUAAUUGGAUCAGCACUGCUUAAUCCAGGCAAGGGGUCAGAAAGCAGAAGAAUGCAAACAAAAACUGAAGCCCCCUGAUGGAUGUCAUGGCAGAGAACCUGACUGGGAUGCUGAAGCAGGGAGUUCAAACCCAGCCAGGUCUCUUAAAGGGGCAGUCACUCGCUGUCUGCAGGGUUCGGGCUGAGCCGUGACAGAGCCCCCCCACAAGGAGCGACCUCCUGGGGCGAACAGACAUGGCGUUAACUAGUCCAGUUCAGGUUUAGACAGGAAAUCCAGGUCUGCAUAGGCAUCAGGAUCUGAGAAGGUUGGAACAUUUUGCAGAUUGUUAUUCUUCGAGAAGGGGAUGCAGCUCUGACCUUAAGAGCCUGCUCAAAGACCUUUAGAUCUUGCCUGCGGACCACGGUUCCAUUGGAGGCAAUUACACAGUCUGGGGACAGAUCCACUGUGUUAGAGCAGGAAACUUUAGGGGAGACAGAAGCUGAGGAUUGGAAGGUAGCCACAGCAACCUCCUUUUGAGGCUCUGGAGCAGGGUUAGCCAGGGCUGUGAUGGUGCCAUUUGUCUGGUUAGGUGGUCCUUGCGGUUCAGUCGCAUGCAGAGUUGAACAAAAAACAGGCCAUGACGGACUUGUAGGAUGGUGACACAGAGUCCCCACAUGGCUAUGUUUAGGGCGAGGAGGAUGUAUCGUGCAAUAGCUAGUGUAGUGGCCUCACUUGCCACAUUAGACUUAAAGGCCUUUGGCUCUCCUUCUGGCUUUUUCAUUUAUCGUGAGCAUGGUAUUCAAUGUUCCAAUUUGCAUGGGUUCCUCUGUGUCCAUGGUGGGGAUAGGGGUAUAGGUCUCACCAGCAGAUUUGGAACGUUGAUGGGGCAAAAGGCUGAUUUCAAAUUGCUCCUGUUUUCUUUCUCUGAACCGGCGAUCUAGCUGGGUGACCAGAAGGAACAUAACUUCCAAUGAAGUGGGUACCCCAACUCUGGCUAGUUCAUCUUUUAAUGCCUCAAACAGACCCAAUCUGUAUUGCUCUAUUAGACCAGUCUCAUUAUAACCGGUGUCAGCAGCUAGCUCCCGAAAAUCUGUAGUAUAAUCCUCCACUGGUCUUCUCCCUUGCCGGAGUGAACGGAGAGCAGUGCGUGCAGCAGAGGGUCUCAGGGUGUCAUGGUAUAAUAUACGCAUUGCUGCAGCAAAGGAGUCCCAUGAGUCCAGUAUUGGACUGUUGGAGUGCAGGAGUUGGUGUGCCCAGGUUUGGGGUUUACCCGACAGCAGGGCAAUUGUAUUGCGAACCUUCACAUAAUCAUUGGGGUAUGUGCAUGGUUUUAAAUUGAAGAGCAGUUCACAGGCUGUGAUAAAUGAUUGAAGUUCAGUCUUUUUCCCAGUGAACUUGUCAGGUAAUGCAAUAUCAGGUUCAGGAGCAUGGUGUGUGUUCCCCUUUAACUCAGCAAACCCACGCUGCAAUUCACUUACAGUUUGGGACAGGAGAGUCACUUGCUGUGUGAGGGUAGUCCUAACAUUCAACAUCUCCGCGGGCUCCAUGGUAAUGAUCUGGUCAUUAUGGAACAGUUUUUACCAGGAGUUGGAGCCCAGUUGCAGGAGAUGGCACAGGAAGCAGGCUAACUCCAAAACACUGUACAGAUUAAAGGAAAAUCCAAAGGCAGGGUCAGGCGAGAAGCAGAAGUCAGGGCUGGCAGCGGAGUAACAAAGUCGGUAAAUCAGGCAGAGGUCAGAGUCCAGGAAAUCAGUCAGUAGGAAAUCAAAGCUCCGACAGGAAACACCAAACAGGCCAAAUAACAAGAUCAUAGUGAUACCGGAGAAACUGACGGAAGCAAAGCACAGAGAGAUGGACACAGGUUUCUUCAGGAAGGAAGAGAUUCUUUAUUGGAUCACCGAUCGGGACUCAGAGGGACUAAUGUCACCAAAAAUACAGCAAGUUCUGAGCCCUGAACAAUAGUGCAGGCUCCCUAUAUAGGCACAUAACUCCUCCCAUAUUAAGCUCCACCCGCACAUUCUCUUGACCAAUCAUUACAAAUAAGAAUUAACUUCCUGCUUGACCGCAUGGCUUGUCCAGCACAAUGGAGGAGGGGAAUACUACAUCCUGUAUUCUUGCACAUGCUCCGUACACUACUGAUCGUAUCUUGCCUCGUGCAACCAACUGAUCGAUACGUCAGCAUAUGCACGUACACAUGCCACGUGGUAAUCUCGGCCUACUAAAUUUAUUUUUACCGAGAUUCCACCACAAUAGGUUUCAGGCUGGGCUGGCUUUUACAGCCUGCUAAUUGGGUGCAGCUAACCCUUAUUGGAUCAGCACUGCUUAAUCCAGACUAGGGGUCAGAAAGCGGAAGAAUGCAAACAAAAACUGAAGCCCCCUGGUGGAUAUCAUGGCAGAGAACCUAACUGGGAUGCUGGAGCAGUGAGUUCACCCAGCCAGGUCUCUUAAAGGGCAGUCACGCCUUGCUGUCUGCAGGGCUCGGGCUGAGCCAUGACAGAGUGUGACCUUGCAACGGCUGCCACAUUUAUUUUUUCCGUCUGUCUUAGAGGUGGAUGUAGCUAUAUUCAGAGAAUUGCAUUAAUAUUUUGUAAUAAGGUUGCCCCCCCACCUACCCCAAUAUACUGUUACAUCUUGUAUAGUUCACCAUUUUAUGAUGUUUAUUUUCCACAGUUUAAAGAGUUGCAGCCUGGUUUUCAAGUUUGAAAGUGAAAGAUGCAUGCUGAGUGUGCAAAGAAUUAAUGAGGAGGUGUAUUUAAUGUGAAAAUGGCAGCUAGCAGCAUAGUGCACUUCCUGUAAAAGGACUUCCUAUUACUCAGUUAUGUGAUUUUACAUUUAAAUCAGAGAGAACAGAACACUCUUCUGCUUCAUUCCAAAGUAAGCCCAUAGCUAUAAUAGGCUGCCUUGUGUAUAUCAGCCUCUCUGUGUGAUACAAUAAACUGUAGGUUUUUGUGUAUGGACCGAUAUUUAGCUAAGUGUUAGUAAUCUUGAAGUCUGAGACCAGAUUAUGACUGUGCUACACAUGGGAACCAUUUCAGCAUUUAUAAGGAAAUUUGUCAUUUUUGACCAAAGAGCAGAUUUAAAAAAAAAAAAAACUAUUGAAGGAAAAUACAGCUCACUGAUUGCUUUAAAGGUGUAAUCUAAAGUAGAUUUUUUUUUUUUCUUUAUAUGUAGAAUGCAUACAUUCAAAAGAAUUGAAGCAAUGUAAACACUUGCUGAGACUGCAAGGACAAUGUCUUUGCAUCAAGCCACCAAAUUAAAGGACCACUAUAGUGCCAGGAAAACAUGCUCGUUUUCCUGGCACUAUAGUGCCCUGUGGGUGCCCCCACCCUCAGUGACCCCCUCCCGCCGGGCUCUGGGGAGAGGCAGGGGUUAAACACUCACCUUUCUCCAGCGCCGGGUGGGGAGCUCUCCUCCUCCUCUUCGGCUGAAUGCGCAUGCGCGGCAGGAGCCGCGCGCGCAUUCAGCCAGUCUCAUAGGAAAGUAUUCAUAAUGCUUUCCUAUGGACGCUUGCUCUUCUCACUGUGAUUUUCACAGUGAGAAGCACGCAAACGUCUCUAGCGGCUGUCAAUGAGACAGCCACUAGAGGCUUUAGAGGCUGGAUUAACCUAUUUAUAAACAUAGCAGUUUCUCUGAAACUGCUAUGUUUAUAAAAAAGGGGGGGGGGGUUAACCCUAGCUGGACCAGGCACCCAGACCACUUCAUUAAGCUGAAGUGGUCUGGGUGCCUAUAGUGGUCUUUUAAGCUGUGGUUGUUCUAAUGCUUAAAUUAUCCCUCUAAGGUACAAAAAAAAAAAUUUUUCCUGCUUACAUAAAUAUGUUUGCAUGUAUUGAUCACUAGUAUGUCUCAAAUGUCCCUUUACAUUUCUGCUGCUUGAUGAUGCAAAAUACUGGUAUUUGUGAUUGGCUAAACAAGAACUAAUGUUAUCUGUUCAUUAUGUGGCAGGCAAAGGAAAGCACCCGAUGUACUGAUUUAUUGGAUGUUGUGUAAUCUGUCACUAACUAAUGCACUCUUUUUAAAUGUAGACCCUGCAUCUAGAUUACUCAUUUUGAUUUGGAAAAUCAGUAACAAUGAGUACAGCAGCAGAAAGGAAGUUUAUCAAUCUUCGGAAGCGCCUUGACCAGCUGGGAUACAAGCAGACACUCGGUAUUGAGUCUCUACCUUUAGUGGAAAAGCUUUUCAGGUACUUUUUUAUUUUUUAUAAUGGGGGUGAGGCAGAUAUUUACUUUGUCCUUUUAUGUAUUUUAGAUGUUGAAUACUGGGCUUUGGCACAGUACUUAACACCUAUAUAUCCAUAAUGUAGAUAUAAUCAUGAUUUUUUUUUUAUGUUAAAUCUUUAUCAGCUUGAUGAUAAAAAAAUGUACGUAAAUCCUCUUAGGGAGAACCUCUUUGAAGACCACAAUAAGUGAAAAUAGGGGAUCUCCUUCCUGGGCCCUCAAUACCAUUCUGAGACUAAUGUAAGCCGUUUUGAAAGGAUGAAGAUACCAUUUAGAUCAUUGGAUUCCAUCUGUUUUUGUUUUUUUGGACCAAGACACAUUUCAAUUAGUAAAUUUCCGAAGGUACACCUUAUUUAGAUUACAUAUUUAGUUGAGGCCUCAUUUGAAAGAUUUGCAUAUUUCUAGCUAAAUUUACUUUUUUUUUCCUUUUAAUUAAUUGUACAAAACGGAAAUCCGUUUUUAAUCCCGUAACAUAGUAAUAAUAAAUUGAGAAUAACAAUAAACAUAUUAAAGCAGGGUUUCCCAAACUUUUAUGGGCCGAGACCCACUUUUAAAAACGGUAACACCGUGGCAAUCCGCUUUAGAGGCAUACAAUUGGCACACCAUAGCAAUCCGCUUUAGAUGCACACAAUUGGCACACCAUGAAAAUUACUUUUAGAGGCAUAAAACUGGCACGCCAUGGCAAACCUCUUUAGAUGCAUACAAUUGGCACACUAUAGCAAUUCGCUUUAGAUGCAUACAAUUGGCACACUAUAGCAAUUCGCUUUAGAUGCAUACAAUUGGCACACUAUAGCAAUUCGCUUUAGAUGCAUACAAUCGGCACACCGUUGCAAUCGGUUUUAGAGGCAUAAAAUUGGCGCACCAUGGCAAUCAACUUUACAGGCAUAUAAUUGGCAUACCAUGGCAAUCAGCUUUAGAUGCAUAAAAUUGGUACAUCAUGGCAAUCGGUUUUAGAUGUAUAAAGUUGGCACAUCAUGGCAACUUUAGGUGCAUACAAUUGGCACACCAUGGCAAUCAGUUUUAGAGGCUUACAAUUGGCACACAAUGGCAACCAGCUUUAGAGGCAUAAAUUCAGAACAUCAUGUCAAUCAGUUUUAGAGGCAUAAAAUUGGAACAUCAUGGCAGCUUUAAAUACAUAAACUUGGCACACCAUGGCAAUAAGCUUUAGAUGCAUAAACUUGGCAUAUCAUGGUAAUCACUUUUAGAUGCAUAAACUUGGCACAUCAUGAUAAUCAGCUUCAGAGGCAUACAAUUGGCACACCAUGGCAAUCAGUUUUAGAUGCAUAACAUGGCAGUUUUAGAGGCAUAAUUCUGGGAUAUCAUGGCAGUUUUAGAGGCAGAAACUUUGCACAUCAUGGCAAUCAGUUUUAGAGACAUACCACUGCUUACUCACAGACUCAGAAUCAGAAGUGCUGUGUCCUGCUCUUUCAUCCAGGCACAUCACAUUGAUUAUCCCAGUGGUGGAACUAAUGUAGCGUUAGCCCUGGUGCAAGAAUGUUUUCAGCCCCUCCCCUCUAGUGCAAGUGUGGCCAAAAGGUAGAUCUCCAUCUGUCGGAGAACUUAAACAAUGCUAUACCAGAGGGGGAUCUACCAUUUUCUUAUCAUUGCAGGGUUAUGUUUGUGAGCAGUGUUUGAGCAUUUGAAUGUAAGCAUGUUUUUGUAUUGAGUAUUUGUGUGCAUGUAUGGGUGUAUUUGUAUGUACUGUUGCCAUUGGAAUAUAGUGGUGUACUUGUUUGUAAUGUUUGCGUCUGAAUGCAUGGGUGUUUGUAUGUAGUGUCGGACUUGAAAUGCAGGUGUGCUUUUUGUGUGUAGUGUUGGUGUUUGAAUGAAGGGGUGUUUGUAGAUAAUUUUAGUGUUUUAAUGCCGGGGUGUGUUUGAAAGUAAUGUUUGCGAUUGCAGUACGUGUGUAGUGGAUGCAGUGUGUGUGUAGUGGAUGCAGUGUGUGUAUUUAUAAAAUAUACAUAUACACAACGUGUGUUUGAAUGUAAGCAUGUUUUUUGUAUGGAGUAUGUGUGAAGAGUAUACACAUAUAUAUAUAUAUAUAUAUACACACACACACACAAAUGCACACAAUGACACAGCAAUACACACAGACACACAAUGACACCUAGUUUCCCACUCACAGAUACACAGAUACACACACACUGACACAAAAGGACACACAGAUACACAAACACGCAGAGACCGGAGGUGAGGGUGAGGGUGACAGUGUGGGAGGGAGUGUGUGUGCUGGUAACAGUGUGGAGGGCAAGGUGAGAAAGGGUUACAGUGUAAGGGGCAGCGGGAGAAAGGGUUACAGUGUAAGGGGCAGGGGGAGAAAAGGCUAUGGGGCGGCAGGGAGUGAAUGGGGAGGGGGGCCGGGAGUGAAGAGGUUACAGUGUGGGGAGGAGGGCAGGGAGUGAAGGUUACAUUGGGGGAGGGAGGAAGUGAGUGAAGGGGUUACAUUGGGGGUGGGCAGGGAGUGAAGGGGUUACAUGGGGUGGGGAUGUCUGGGGGCUGUGUCCUACCUUUCAUAAAUUCAAUGGUGGUCCAGUGUCUCCCUGGUGGUCUAGUGGGGUAACUCUCCGGUCUGCAGUGGCCAUGGUAACGCUCUGGGUGCUCGCAAGACUUCUACCACACGGUCUGCAGCUCUGCACCUGGCGGAGCUGCAGACCGGAGCUGCUGGGCAGACUGAUUGGAGGGAGCCCAGCGGCAUACAGGGCAAGCCGCCGUGCUCACUCCUGGUGUCGGGCCCAAGGUCAUGGACCGAGAGCCCAUCUAAUCAGUCUGCCUGCCUGACUCCCCGACGGCCCUGGAUGUGUGGGUCAGCACGACCCACUGGGAAUCACUCUGCGACCCACACUUUGGGAACCGCUGUAUUAAAGCCCUGAAAUAAAUGUGUCUAUAGUAGCUUAUUUUAAGUUGUAUUUAGACACACCACUUAUCUAAACAUCAUUUGUCUUGAUCAGUGUACAUGAAGUGAUGUGCCUUGUAUUAUCAGAAGUAUCUGUUUAGUCUGAUGUAAAGAGUCUCCCAAGCUGGUAUCCCACCUCCAGGCAAAAUCUAGAAUAUUGGGAUUGGUCUUAGUAAUUAAAUGAACAGCAAAGGCAUAAUCCAGACUGGGCAUUUAUAGUAAUCUGAAAGUGGUGAUAUCAUCCAGAUAUUUUCGCAUACAGAAGCAAAAUGUAGAAAUUGCAUACAUGUAUAAAAUUCGGUCCAGAACUGAUUUUUCUUCCAAGAAGACUCUCGUCAACAGCUUUCUUCAUAUCAGUAAAUGCCUAACUUUGGUGAUAUCCACCCUCUAUUAGGCCACAGACAAAUACCCCUGAGGGAACAUUGUAUAGUGGAAUAAGGUGGACAAUACAAUGGGGGGUAACCACAUAAACAUAUAUAGCUAUCGACCUGGCUUAGUAAGCCAUCAUGCUUAUUUGAGACAACAUCAAGAGAUGGACAGCCUUAUAAUAUCUGAAGAUAUGGGGAACACAGAGGACCGUCCUUCUUUAAUUCAUAUAGUGAUUGCCAUAAGAACCUAUUUUUCUGUUCUCUCAGAUGUGUAUAUAUCCUGUUGCAAUGUGUUGUGUAAUCUCAUUGAUAAAUAGAAAUCAAUCUGAACCCAUAGUUUCAGGAGAAUAGUUGUUUUGACUGCAUAUGUUAAUAGAGUAGUGUAUUUCUUAUUGACCUGAUCUUCCUUCCAUUUCAGCCCCAAUGCCAAGUUCUCCCCGCAGUCCCAUCUUCCACCGCUGACGUCAUUUCAGCGAGGACAGACUGAGGGAAGGACUUGGAGGCAGUGGCUGUGUCGCCAUUAGCUGUGCAUGCUGAUGACAGACACCAACUAUGCACAGUGUUGACAUUAGCCAGCCUGGAACGCUUGUUCCAUUUCUCCAGUACUUGCUUCUGUUGUGAGAUCAUGAUCCCAUAGUUACCUUCCCAACUGUAAAUUAUGUUUAUGCCCAGUGCAGUCUGACUGCUGUUUGAAGUGCUAAGACAGUUCAAAGCUUUGUAUUUGUUUUAGUAAUAAUUUUCUAAUCUUUUGCUGAUGCCAUAUGCUACAUUUGUACUACAGAAACAUCAUCCGUAUCUCAUAAUUUGCAUCAAAAUGUGCAAUAUUGAAUAAUAUUUGCUGCAGAAGACAUUUAAUUAGUCCAUUGAUGUUAUUGAGUAAACAGGGUUUUUCUUCUAUUGACCUUUUUAUUACUGUUGCACAAAGUACAUAGAAUAUAUAUAUUCUUGUUUUUUUACUUUGAGCAAUGAGGUUUAGUGUUUUAAUUAAUCCAGAAUAUCAUGGUGCCGUUUACUAUGCUUUCACUGAUAUAUUGUGAUAUUGCCAUUUGUGUACACUUUUCAGCGAUCUUGUUCACACAACUGAAAGUCUUCGUAAUGUUAAGUUAUCAGCUGGUAAGACAGAACAAGAGAGGAAAAACUUUGACUCUGUAAUAGAACCGUACAAAACUGAAAAUGCCAGACUAGUCCGGGAGAACAAUCAGCUGCACCUAGAACUCUUGAAACUGAAAGAAGACUCUGAUCGGCAUAUCAAAGGUUUGAAUGAGCAAUUUGUUCAAAUGUCUGGAAACCUACUGGCAUGUGUCCCUGAGAUACAUUAAAUAUAGAUUUGUUUAUGUGCAAUGAAUUGUAUGUUCUUGAUAUCCAUAUUGUCCAGAGACUCCACUAGCUGAUUAACUUUUGCUAGUGGGGGUCAUUUAUAAAAACUUAUCACAUCUGCAAAAUGUGGUGUAUUCCAGCUUCAUUUACUUCAGUAUGGCUCUCCCUAAGCAUUACUGCCCAGAGAUCAAGCACUGUAACAUCAUAUAUAAAUUUUGUUUAUUGUUCCCUGCAAGUUUUACAACAGUCUGUUUUGUGCAGAUAUACUUUUAUACAUAAAUACUAACUUUUUAAAAGUUAUUUUAAUAAUGAUUAUUAUUGUAGAAUAUAGUGUAAUUAUGUGCAGCGGUGUUCUGCCAGUGUCCCUUAAGCCAUUUCAAUGUGUGCCACAUAAACAUUGACUUCAAUGCUAUAAGUUGAAUGUGAAGUAUAUAUGUUUUUUUCAGAAGUGUCAUUAAAUAAUAUUUUAUAUCUAGUAGUAAUUAAAACUAGUAUGAAUCACUAUAGCUGAUGCAUUUGUCUUUUGCAAGGCUGCAAGAAAAUGUAAUGAGUAAGCUAAAAAGAAUUGGUGAGCCUCAGUAAUAUUUCUCUUGUUGAAGUAUGUCUUGCCCCCAAAAAGGCUGACACAACCUGAUCUAGUGCAUAGUUGGCCACUGUAAAUACCCACCUAUCUUUCCUGAUUCUUGUCAGAUAUAUGGCAUGAUCCUCCAGUUGUAUGUGAUCCUCACUAACUAUUCACCUCCUACCUAAAGAGCUCUCUCCCUUCUUACUCUAACCAUAAUUUUGAAUUUCUCCCUCCCUUGUUUUGUUUAUAUUGUAAGCUCACGGGCUGCUUUGCAUAGCACUUUUUUAAAAAGUGAAUGUUAGACUUAAAGCUUCUGGCAGGCCUCUAAUCGUUUUGCAUUGGUACAGUAUAUCAUAAUUAGAUAUCUUUCAUGUGACAUUACUCAUAAAUUGUUAAAUGGGCUCUGGACAAUAUAUGAAAUCUAAAUAAAAUUCAUAAAUAAUGCUUUAAAUAAAAUAUGCCAGGGUUUGCAGCACUGACAGAAAGACAUACUGUUUCCCCCAGCCUAGAUCUUUCCAUUUUUCAAUUCACUAAUCUUAUUAUGUUGUGAUUUGUUUUUAAAAUGUUUUUUUUUUUUUUUUACAUUACGUUUUAGAAAUUUUAGAGUAAAAUGUAUUUGACAGAUAUACUAAAUAUGUUUCUUUUUAAAGAUUUAAAAGCUUCCCUAAGGAAAUUUGAACACCAGACAGCUGACCUAAAAUUCUUGAAUAAUCAAUAUGUCCACAAGAUUCGCUCCAUGGAAAAAGACAGUAAAGCAAAGUUAGGGAAAAUUCAGGAGUUGCAAGAAAAGAAUCUGCAGGCGGUUGUACAAACACCAGGUGAGAUAUAUCGACACAAGUGAAGGGAAUUUUGCAAAAUUAAUAAACUGUCUGUUUUUUUUGUGGUUUUUUUUUUAAAUUUUUUUUUAAAUUUUUUUAUUUAUUGUUUUGUAGAAAAAAUGAAAAUUGUGUUUUGAUUACCUGGUAGAAGUGAUCAGUAUGUACUGGCAGAAAUUUGGGUCUUACCAUCAAUAUUAAUUUCUGUAUGUUUUAAGAUGGUCUUUUAUUUGAGUGAGGCAUUGUUCAUAUUUUUAUUUUUUUAUUUUAGUUUAGUUAUUUUGUAGUUGUUUAGGGGAAGUUACUUAUUUUUAUUUUCUUAUUAUCUUGUAGGUGGCAAGAAAAGAAACAUACCUUUCAGACGGCAGCGCAUGCAGAUUGAUCAGCCAUUGCCAUAUGAAACCGCUAGUCGCCCUGUUCCACAGUCUGAGGACCCUUACGUUGCAGAUCUGCUGCAAGUGGCUGAUGACAGGUAUUAUACAUUUUUUAUAUGUUACAUGUUCAAGGAAUACUAGGUAUUUGUGGUGUAUAAAUACAUUUUAUACAUUUAUGUUCUUGAUUUAUCCUUUUUAGGGUCCGAGGGUUACAAAAAGACAUGUCAAUGUUAAGGGAUAAGCUGGAUAUAGCAGAAAGAACUGUUAAAAAUCUUAACCAGCAGGUAUGAUAUUCUCCACGUUUCUGCUUUCUUUGUAGAAAUGAUUAUGCCUUUUUACUUUUUGUUUUCUUUAAAGUAAUCAAAUGCAUUUGUAGAUAAUGUGGCAUUAAGAUUUAAUUGGAGCUAUGUUCUGUCAGCACCUCUAUUUAACCCCGUAAGGGUUAAUGACGCUAUGCAGUUGUAAUAUUCUGUAAGAAUCUUUUCCCAAAAUGGCCUUUUCAAUUUUUCUAUAGCUACCAAUGCUAAAUAAACAAGAUGCAUUUCAUCCUUUUAGAGUUAAAGAUGAAAUGCACAUAUCGUGUUGGUUAUGGGGUUUGUGGCAGAAAAGUCAUUGAGUCCAUGGUUCUGCUAAACUGCUAUGUUUACAUCUGAGGGGUUAAAACCUGAGGGACCUGGCACCCAGACCACUUCAUUGAGCCGAAGUGGUCUGGGUGACUAUAGUGUCCCUUUAAGUGUUCUUUUAUCUUGCAGUUACCCAAAGCUGUCACUCUUCUCCCUGACCAGGUUACAGCAAACAUUACCUGUACUAGUCAGCAGUCCAAUCGGAUUACAUUUGUAUUCCUGCUCUAAUGCCGAAUUACAGUGCCUUGGAAAAGUAUUCACCCCCUUGACUUUUUACCUAUUUUGUUACAUUACAGCCUUAAGUUCAAUGUUUUGUUAAUCUGAUUUUAUGUGAUGGAUCAGAACACAAUAGUCUAAGUUGGUGAAGUGCAAAGAGAAAAAUAUAUACAUAAAACUAUUUUUUUAGAAAUAGAAAACAGAAAAUUGGCAUGUGCGUAUGUAUUCACCCCCUUUGUUAUGAAGCCCAUAAAAAGCUCUGGUGCAAACAAUUACCUUCAGAAGUAACAUAAUUAGUGAAAUGAUGUCCACCUGUGGGCAAUCUAAGUGUCACAUGAUCUGUCAUUACAUAUACACACCUUUUUUGAAAGGCCCCAGAGGCUGCAACACCUAAGCAAGAGGCACCACUAACCAAACACUGCCAUGAAGACCAAAGAACUCUCCAAACAAGUAAGGGACAAUGUUGUUGAGAAGUCAGGGUUAGGUUAAAAAAAAUAAAUAUCCAAAUCUUUGAUGAUCCCCGGGAGCACCAUCAAAUCUAUCAUAACCAAAUGGAAAGAACAUGGCACAACAGCAAACCUGCCAAGCAUGGAGGUUCACCUUCCAGCAGGGCAAUGACCCCAAACACACUGCUGAAGCAACACUUGAGUGUUUUAAGGGGAAACAUAUAAAUGUGUUGGAGUGGCCUAGUCAAAGCCCAGACCUGAAUCCAAUAGAAAAUCUGUGGUCAGACUUAAAGUUUGCUGUUCACAACCGCAAACCAUCCAACUUGAUGGAGCUGGAGCAGUUUUGCAAGGAGGAAUGGGCAAAAAUCCCAGUGGUAAGAUGUGGCAAGCUCAUAGAGACUUAUCCAAAGCGACUUGGCGCUGUGAUUGCUGCAAAAGGUGGCUCUACAAAGUAUUGACUUUAGGGGGGUGAAUAGUUAUGCACAUUGACUUUUUCUGUUAUUUUGUCCUAUUUGUUGUUUGCUUCACAAAUAAAAAAAAUCUUCAAAGUUUUGGGCAUGUUCUGUAAAUUAAAUUAUGCAAAUCCUCAAACAAUCCAUGUUAAUUCCAGGUUGUGAGAAACAUAGAAUGUGACGGCAGAUAAGAACCAUUCGGCCCAUCUAGUCUGCUCAAUUUUCUAAAUACUUUCAUUAGUCCCUAGUCUUAUCUUAUAGUUAGGAUAGCCUUAUGCCUAAUAUAGCAAGUGUGUUAAAAAAUAAGCCUAAUAUAGCUUGGUGCUACUUCUAAGUGCUGUUUCUAAGUGUGUAGUUGGAGAUAUUCUGGAGAGGCAACAAAACAUGAAAAAAAAGCCAAGGGGGGUGAAUACAUUUGCAAGGCACUGUAUAAAUGUAUUACUACAGUGUCCAUCACUAUGGUCUAGUUCAUAGGUAGGCAACUUUCAGCACUCCACAUGUUGUGGACUACAUCUUCCACGAUACUUUGCCUGCAUUAUAGAUGUAGGAGCAUUAUGGGAGAAGUAGUCCACAACAUCUGGAGUGCCAAAGAUUGCCUACUCCUGUAGUUACUAAUCCGCAAAGUAACCAUUCUGCAAUUAAAGGAAUUUACCCUCAAAUUUGCUUGUAGUAUUACCACUCUAAUAGCAUAGUGAAGGGGGAGGAGACUUUUGUUGAUUGCAUACAACUACCUGGUAGAACCACAUUUGGCAGCAGUUACCGCUGUCGUUGUUCAGUCUUUACCAGCAAUACAUGCAUAUUUUGAUCCUUCAGUUUUUCACAAUUAUUUAUGUAAAAUUGCACAGCUUCUGUCAAGUUUGGUGCUUGAACUCCAAUUUCCAAGUCUCCCUACAGGUUCCUAAAGGAAAACUAUAAUCACUCUGACCACUUCAUCUAAAUGACCUGGUGUGUGUGCAGUGGCCUGUCCUUUCAACCAGUUUUGUUUUGUUGUUUUGGUUUUUAAACUGCAAUGUUUAUAUCUGCCUCUAGUGGCUGUCAUAAAAACUGCUUGAAAAAUGUACAUUUUUAGAAAGGCGAAAUAGAGUAGAACACUGCAAGAUCACAGACUUUGUGGUUAAGCUGUUCGUGAACUGUUUACAUUUUGAUGUAAAACUGUUGCCUCUUUAAAUUAUUAGAUAUGUUACAAAUGCUAACAAUGCCAAUAAAGGCAAGCUACUGUAUACCUAAACAUCAGCAGUCUUAUCUGUGGAGGUUCAAACAAGGGUUAUGAUACUUAACACCAUAGCAUUGUGGAUUGCAUCAAUAUACGUGAUAUACUAAAGUAAUUGUAAAGCUUAUUUUGUACUUUUUUUAGAGCAUCACCUUUUACUGAGUUUGUUGCAUUGCUUUUUCAAGGUUGAAUCACGAGACAGAGAAAUAGAGCGUUUGGCACUGGCCUUGGAUGGUGGGCGUUCGCAUGAUGUUAUUUCUCUAGAAGCCAGAUACAGAAGUAAUGAGAAGCUUGUUGCCCAUUUAAAUCUUCAAGUGAGUUGGUUUUAUUCUUGUUGCCAAGUCAAAACCACAGUCUGGCUGUAAUGAUGCAUUUUUAUUGUAUAUAUUUGAUACAUUUUUAUUUUACUGUAAUCUGUGCAAUUUCACACUUUAUCAAAUCAAAGAAACAGUAAAACCCAUUUCUAGUGGUUUGGUUGUAUAAAUACCAAUGGAUUAUGGUUAUUGCAUGACAUUUCUGAUUUGAAAAACCAUACUGUUAUAAGAUCUUCCCUUUUCUGUCACUGUAGCCUGUCUUAUGAUCCUUUUUUGGAAUUGAGUAGUUUAAUGCUUAACGCUUAACCCAGAGAUCAUAGAUGGUUCAUAGGGAGAGAAGAUGGGUGCACUACUGCCCCUUUAAUCUAGUGCAUUGUCUUCAAAAUGGAGAAAAUAUAUAUCUACCAUCAUUACUUGUUCUACAGUGUGCAGAACUUUACCAUGAAUCUUGUGUACUCAGUGCAUAUUUUAUCCCCACAGUUGUAUUCAUGCACAGCAGUUCCAAGUGCAACAGUUAUGUUUAAGAUCCCAUUACACCUCCCCUUUUCAAGGUUCUUUGGGUUUGCCCCUAAAAAAUUUGAAAUACUUUUUUAUAUUUAAUGUAUAAUAUCCUUUUAUUAUCUUCUCCCAGAUGGUAAAGGCAUUUAAGAUCUUUAAAAGAACACUUUUGGGGGGGCGGGGCUCUAGCUGAGCGGUCACACAGGACUGGGGCUCCAAUACAUUGCUUUAAAGCCCGCUAACCGUCCAAUAUUGAAGUGCAUCCGUCUUCCACCCAUACCGAGUGCUACCGGGAACGCAGCGGGCACCAGCUGGUGCAAACCUGAGUCAAAAUGGAGGCCUAGCGUGGUCCCGGCUGGGAGUGGCGGCCGACCCUCACAGCAGGGCCAGCGGGCUAAAUCACGGCCGAAUCCUGUACCUCCCAGGACCGGUGGGGGUCAUGACGGUCCACAAAACCCACUGUUGCCGCCUCUUAUCUGCGUAUUUCAAGCUACACUGGUCUCAAAACAAGCUUGCACAGAGGGAACCAAGUCACUGCACAAGAUUGCGGAUGCACUCAUCAAGGAGACACGAGGCCUAGCACCAUGUCAGGCUGACCUCCCUGCGUCUCACAGUAACAUCAAAGACCGACUAGAAGCAAUAUAUGACCGAUUCUUGGCGUCACUGGAGGAAAAGGAUGACGCUGAAUGCGAUGGCCACUGUACCCCAGGCUGAAAAAUCGCAACACUAUGAGGUGAGCUCUCUGGUGCCUCACACAGGCAAAAUAACCCCAAAAGCACCAAGCUCCACUAAUCUAAGCCUCCCCAAGCCUUGGGACAAACUGGGGACAACCCCAAGGCACCGGCCAUGCCGGCGGAAGAGCGCAACACUUAGAGCCCUAAGCACCAACCAGGAUGGAAAGAACUUGGCCUUCAGCAGUCACCAAGUUCGUGGCAGCGAAGUACUGGUCCCAUCGCAGGCCGGGGUCAGGAGUGUCGCCUCACACAGCCUAUGCAAGGUCACCCACCCUCAUGAACUGUACCCACAUGGAAGUUCUGAACCCAGCCGGGGUAUUGGAUGACUGCCUUCCUAGCGGAUCGGAUCAGCCAGCGAGUUAUCAAAGCAUGCCUUACCAGAACACUCAUGAUGCAGAAUUAGAUAUGACAGUGUUUCUUAUGUUUAUUAACUAUGAUUUCCUGUAGCGCAGCACAAACAGAGUUAAGGCAACAGUGGCUAUCCAUACCUAGCAUGUCUCUAACUACUCAUUGCUUACUAUGUCUUAUAUGCUUGACAGAAUUUAAUUCAAGCCAAGUAAAUAGAUGUGUCUAGCUAGCAAGGUUAUAUUAUCAUGCCUCUAUCUACAAACCUGUUCUUUAACAUUGUUUACUCUUGCACACUUAAGACUCACUUCAUGUAUAAUGUCUCAAGCUUGACAAAACCAACGUGAACCAGAACAUUAGACCUAUUUUGUUAGCAUGUUUUAUUCAUUUUAUUUUUUUAAAUACCUCGAUCAACAUGCCUAGGACUUUGCAUAGCUGAGUAUUUCUCUCUCAAUAGUUAAUCUAGACAUGUUCUGCUUAGCCUGUAUUCUACACUACAUUGAAAAUUGUGCAGUAUACUCAAAUGCCUUGUACCUAUUAUGCUUUGUCCCAUUCACUGUUUUGCCAAUGCUGUUGGGGCAUUUUCAGAUUGUUUGUUAAACAUAUGCACACAAAAAAAACUCUUAACACUAAACUUAAACAUAUUUAUUUUUAAUGUUCGAGUAAUCAUUAGUAGAUGUUGGAUCGUAGGAGACCCAAAUUUAAAACAAAACCAAUAUUCUUUUCACCUUAUAUUUAGCGCUAUACAGUUUCUAUCAGGCAACUGCUCCUUUUCUGAGAUCAGUUGUCUAGAUGAUCUGUUGGCAAACCAUUGCUCCUGAAAGAGAAGCAUUGUGGACUUAAUUGGCAUCUUGGCACUUGCCUCAGCCAGUUGGAUUUUUUUCAUAUAGAAGAAUUCACAGCAUUCAAUGGCAUCAUGCUGUGGUGAUGACUCCAAACUUCAGGGAUUUUAAAGUUAUUUAAAGUCUUUUUUCUAAGAAGGGUCUCUAGUGGUUGUCACUUUGACAAUUACUAGAGGAGUGGUUAUGACAAAAUGUAAUAAUUGCUAGACAGAGACCAGGACUUGGCAAUAAAAACCACUUAAUUGAGAUUAAUUGUAGUGCGUAGAGCAGGCUUCCCCAAACUCUGGCCCUCCAGAUGUUGCCUGAACUCCUACUCCCAUGAUUCUAUCAAUGAAAUAGGCUGAAAAUCAUAGGAGUUGUAGUUCAUCAACAUCUGGAGGGCCCGAGUUGGGGGUAGCCUGGCAUGGAGUUUCCCUUUAAGAUUCUGUAUUUUUUUUUUAUUUUUUAUUUUUUGACUUGUGACUUGUGACUAUUGUUAUUUAUUAUUGGUUUUACUUGAGUGUCUUUAAACAAAACUGCUGUCAUGGUUUUCUCACUAUCCUUUAGAUUGAAUGCCUCCAGCAAGCAAACAGAGAUCUUGAGAAACGCAUUGAGAACCUCUUGGAAACACGGCAGAAUGUGACCUCCGAGGUGGUAAAUCUUAGUACCAAGAAUGAUGAACUAUGUAAAGAGCUCACAGAAAUAGAUCAAUUAGCUCAACAGCUGGAGCGAGACAAGGAGAUUGUUCUAGAAACAGCAGAUGCUGAAAUUCAAGAGGCAAAGGUAGGAGUCUAUAUCUGACCAAGAAAAUAAUCUGACAUAUCAUGAAAAGUGAAAGUACACUCAGUGGUAAAUACAUAAAAUAUUUUAGAUUAUAGAUCUAGUUCUUUAAAAUGCACUAGUUUUGCAUUCAUAGUUAUAUGCUUGUUUAAUGGUCCUGGUUCUUAAAGGACCAUUAUAGUGCCAGGAAAACAUACUCGUUUUCCUGGCAUUAUAGUGCCCUGAGGGUGCCCCCACCCUCAGGGACCCCCUCCCGCCCGGCUCUGGAAGGGGGAAAGGGGUUUAAACUUACCUUUCUCCAGCGCUGGGCGGAGAGCUCUCCUCCUCCGUUCCGCCUCGUCGGCUGAGCUGCGCGUACAUUCAGCCGGUCGCAUAGGAAAGCAUUUACAAUGCUUUCUUAUGGACGCUUGCGUGCUCUCACUGUGAAAAUCACAGUGAGAAGCACGCAAGCGCCUCUAGUGGCUGUCAAUGAGACCGCCACUAGAGGCUUUGGGGGAAGGCUUAACCCAUUAAUAAACAUAGCAGUUUCUCUGAAACUGCUAUGUUUAUAAAAAAAAUAAAAAAUGGGUUAACCCUAGAAGGACCUGGCACCCAGACCACUUCAUUAAGCUGAAGUGGUCUGGGUGCCUAGAGUGGUCCUUUAAAUGACUUUUAGUGGUAAAAUGGACACAUGCAGCAUUUAAUGUACUGCUUUGUGUUUCUUUAUUUUUUCAGAAAUCAUGCAUCUAGAAUUGUGGGGGGGGGGGGAAUCUGGAUUUAUUUAUUUUUUAUUAUUAUUUUUUAUACACACUUUUCAUCUUUUACAUUUAUAGUGCCAUUUUCAUAGGCACAACAUGAAACACAGACAUUUCAUCAGCCUGAAAUAAAGCUUCGAUAAAAUGCAAUAUUUUCACAUCUUUCAGGAUGAAAUCAAAACUCUGCAAGUUGAGGUCCACAAACUUGAAAAUGUGAUAUCAAAUUUGAAGUGUGUAAGUAAACCUGUUCUAGUAUACAAAUGUUUUUGGAAAAUUUUUAUUUGAUUCAACACUAUACACUGGUCAGCCACAACAUUAACACCACUGACAGGUAACGUGAAUAACAUUGAUUACAUCGUUACAAUGGCACCUGUCAACAGGUGGGAUAUAUUAGGCAGCAAGUGAACAGUCAGUUUCUGAAUUUCAUGUGUUGGAAGCAGGAAUAAUGGACAAGUGAAAAGAUCUGAGUGAUUUUCACAAGUGCCAAAUAGUGAUGGCUAGACGACUCGGUCAGAGCAUCUCCGAAUCUGCAAGUCUUGUGUGGGGAUCUGGUAGCAGUGGCUAGUACCUACUAAAAGUGAUGCAAAGGAGAUCAAAUAGUGAACCAGGGUCACGGGGAUCCUAGGCUUAUUCAUUGCACGUUGUGAACAAAGCCUAGCUGAUUCUAUCACAUAGAAAAGCCACUAUAGCUCAAAUUGCUGAAAAAUGUAAUGUUGGCCAUGAUCGAAAGGUGUCAGAACACACAGUCCAUUGUAAUUUGCUACCUUUGGGGAAAUGUUCUGCUGGGAAACCUUACAUCCUGGCAUUUAUGUGAUUGUUACUUUUGACACAUACCACCUACCUAGAGUUAGUUGCAGACCACAUACACCCAUUCAUGGCAAUGCUAUUUCCUGAUGACAGUGGCUUCCUUCUGCAGGAUAAUACAUUAUGCCAGAGUGCAAAAAUUGUUCAGGAAUGGUUUAAGGAAAAUGACAAAGAUUUCAAGGUGCUGCCUUGGCUUCCAAAUUCCCCAGAUCUCACUUUUCCUAAUAAAGACAUAUUUACAUGCUAAUGUGCAAGCACAUACGAUCUUUAUGUGGGCCGGGUUUCUGCUACUAUGGGGAGGUCUGGCAGUGACUUUGCUUUGCAAUUCAAAUGCUUGAAAAUCUGGAGACUAAUUGGCAGAAAACCAAAAUCUAUAAUGUAGUCGGCUCCCAAUACCUGUGUAAAAAGAACUUGUUACCUGAACAAGGUGCCACUGCCAUAAAUGAAGUGGACAAGACUAGACCUUCCCACCUUCACCCGUGUUCAUGAGUGGAGUUGAUGAUAAUAUUGAAUGUUAGUUUCCAAGGCCACUUGACGCAAAGGGGCUCCUUUAAUAGCAUCCUCUAGAAGAGGCAUGAAGCAGCUCUUGUCAGAACUCUGGUACAAAGGGGAGUGGGUGUGCAGGACACUCCUGGCACCAUAACCACUUCAGUUCACUGUAGUUGUUGUGGUCCUUGAAAUGUUCCUUUAAAAGGACAUUCCACUGCCCAAAUACAAACUAAAUCGCUAUUUAGUAGAUAUUUCCACACUGAAAACAUGCAUACAUUUAACUAUGCAUUUUUUUUUUUUUCAUUUUGGUUAUAUCUAAAAACAGCUUGUUAAAGCUGUAUAUCUCUUGCUUUGCAAACCCCUCCCCUUCUACCGCAGCCCAGACUUUCUGUGGCUGUCCAAUCACUGACUUCCAGUGUAGCUCAGUGAGAAGUUUUUGCAAGGCUGAUGCUAUGGACAAUAGCCUGCCUCUUGAGGUUAGCUAAACUGAGCUAACCUACCAGGAAGUAACAGGAACACUGUCCAAUUGACAGCCAGCGGGUGAUAAAGGUAAAUUUACAAAAUUGCCCAUUUCUAAUGAAAUCUGCACCUUUUUGUAAAAUGGGGAAAAAAGAGCACACUUUUCAAACAUGAAUCACUUCAGCUAGUUAAAGUGGUUUUGGUGUUUGGAGUGUUUGUUUAAUACAUAUAACAGUGCACCCUUGACCACUGUCACAUAUCUGUGGUUUGAUAAACAUAAGGGGCAUGGGGUUUCCCUUUCCCUGGUCUGUGCAUUUUCUUUGGGGUUUAUCCUAUUCCCUCAGAUCUUCGUCUCCUCUUGCUCUGCCUCCCACAAAAAUUUUCAAUCUCUCCCUCUCAUCUGGCACAUUUCCUCUACCCUUCAAACAUGCAACCGUUACCCCCAUUCAAAAAAGAAAAGAAAAAAGCCAAACCUUGACCUUAAUUCCCCAUCCAACUACCGCCCAAUCUCACUACUGCCAUUUGCCUUCAAGAUCCUUGAGAGAGUAUGCGAGAUUGACGGACUUCCUCUCUGCUUGGCCCACUUGUCGCGGUUCUCACCGCGACAUCCAGACGGCCAGUCGAGGUCGCUCCAGAAGUGCCCGGUGACGGACUUGAACCUGGGUACUUUGCAAUCCUGGACCUGCUUUUUUGCCUCUGAGCCACUAUACAACUCUAGGAUUGCCUUGUACCCAGCACUGGGGGCUGGACAUUAUUCUGUGGCUGCUCCAACAAUCUUAACACACCUGUGGCUGAUCACCAAUUAGCCAGGUAUAAGACACUGCCUCUCCCUGAGGGCAGUGUCAGUUCAUUGACUCUGGGUCCCUUGUUUGGUUCCUGUCAUGCCAUAUCAACGUUCCAGUAUUUCCUGUCUGAUUCUGGCUUCUGACCUUGGCUUUCCUCCUGGACUACUCUGAUCUCUGGCUUCCCCUGACUUUGGCUUUCCUUGACUACGCUUCUGCUAAUCCCUGCUGUACUGCUACUUGGAGCACUAUUCCUGGAAAGCCCCCGUGCACAGACUCACAGAUCAGGUGGCGUCUUACCUGGUCACCCUGGUCUGUGUCUACUUUGCAAGGGUGAGCGUAUAACUCUGCGAGCCGGACUCCCCAUCAGGUAAGACUCCUGACACCACUUCAAUCUGGAUUCCGCGCUCGUCACUCUGUUGAAACAGCUGUGACCAAAGUAUCCAAUGAUCUUAUCACUGCAAAAUCCCAUGGCAUCUACUCUAUCCUAAUUCUCCUCUACCUUCUGCUGCUUUUGACACUGUUGAUAACAGCUUCUUCUCAUCCUCCGUAAUCUCGGUCUUCGAGAUACCGCUCUCUCCUGGUGCUCUUCCUACCUCUCCCAACAUUCUUUCAGUGUUUCUUUCUCUGACUCUGCUUCUUCUCUCCAAUCCCUCUCUGUUGAUGUUCCCCAAGGGUCUGUCCUUGGUCCCCUAUUGUUCUCAUCUACUCCUUCAGCUUUCAGUAUCAUUUCUAUGCGGUUGACACGCAAAUUUAUCUGUCCUCCCCUGAUUUCUCACCACCCCUCAUGACUCAUGUCUCUGCCUCUACUAUUUCCAACUGGAUGGCUACUCAUUUCCUUAAAUUUAACCUGUACAAAACAGAACUUCUGAUCUUCCCUCCUUUAAGUGUUGCUUAUCUGUUUCCCUCCAAGUCAAUGGCACUACUAUCCGCUCUGGCUCGCUGCCUAUGUGUUCUCUUUGACUCCGACCACUCCUUCACCCCUCAUGUCCAAUCAAUUGCUAAAUCCUGCCGCUUCCAUCGCAAAAACAUAGCGCGCAUCCGACCCUAUUUAACGCCUAAUAAGGUGCUUGUCCAUGCCGCUGUUCUCUUUUGCCUUGAUUACUGUAAUCCGCUUCUCAGUGGUCUUAAGUGUUCCCAACUUGCCCUAUUACAGUCUAUAAUGUAUGCGGCGGCGAGGCUUAUCUUCCUGCCCUCCCACAACUCCCCCUUUGUCAGUCCCUACAUUGGCUUCCCGUAAGAUACAGGACUCAGUUUAAGAUCCUGAUACUUGCUUACAAAUCUGUAAUCUUACACCAAGCUGCUCCUACCUAUUUAUCCUCACUAAUACACAAAUAUGUCCCAUCUAGGCCCCUACGCUCUGCUGGAGACCUACAUCUAACCUCUGUUCGUACUCCUAUCUCUGACGCUUGCCUUAAAGACUUCUCUAGGGCUGCAUCAUUCCUUUGGAACGCCCUUCCUCUCUCUCUUAAACUUUCACCCAGUCUCCAAUCCUUCAAAAAAUAUUUGAAAACUUACUUCUUUAGGAAAGCAUAUCAUUUAACCUGUAAUUAGCUUUCUCUCCCCGCACACUGAUUCCUCUCCUGCAACUGUCAUCAAAACAACACCUAGCCCUCAGUGAACACUAUCCUAGCAACAUGUUUUUCUACCAUACCCUUACCUUUUGUGUCAUUAUACCCCACUCCCUCUAGCAUGGAAGAUCAUUGAGCCGGGCCCUCAAUCUCUCUGUUCCUGUGUGUCCAACUUGUCUGGUUACAAAUACACGUGUCUGUUAGUCCACCCAUUGUAUAGUGCUGCGGAACUUGUUUGCGCUUUAUAAAUAUUAAUAAUAGUUGACUAAACAUCAAAUUGUAUUGAACUGAAAAUGUAGGCAACAUCUGCUGGUUCCUUCUGACGAUAUAUUACUGUCAUAACUGCUUUUCUUUAUUCUGUAAUUUAUGAUUCAAUCCCCUCAAGAAAGAUUGACAAAAAAAAUCUGCUGAAUUCUCUACAGUUUGUUGCUUAGCUUAACCCAUAUGAUUUGAACUCAAUUAGAAAAUAUGCCAAACUUUGCUGAAGUGUCUUGUAUUAUGAUUGGCUUAAAAGCCAGCCUAUUAAUACUCAGGGUGGAGAUUUCAGAUAUCACUGUGUUUCCUCUCUUUUUCCAUUACAGGUCAUGGGGGUUUACGCAUUUUUUUUUCUGUGUUUGUGGGUUCUAAUUUGUUUUGGAAAAUGUUGGUAUGUUUUGGGCUUUGUUUAUACUUAUCGAUUUUCUUUCUUUGGUUUCUUGUUACAUUUAUGCAACACUUUUACAAAUCUUAACGUACUAUUAUAGUGUGUGUGUGUGUGUGUGUGUGUGUGUAUGUGUGUAUAUAUAAUAUAUUAAUUUAAAACAUAACUUCAUGUGUAAAUAUAAUGCAAUGUUAAAAAAAUAUCUUGACUUAAAAUAUAAAUCGUUUUAACUGGUUUUAGGACUUAAAUACAUGUGAAUUUGAGAAGAAUAAGCUUACUGAUGAACUGGAAAAAAGAAAAGAUGAAUACCGCAAGUUAGAGUCCCUUGUGAACCACAUAGAGCAUGAAAAAAGGAGACUUUCAAAUAAAGUGGAGAAGCAGAUGAUGACUGGUAUGUCUCCUAAAUCAUUGUGAUGUAGAUAAAUAAGUGUGUAUGUAUCUAUAUAUGUAUGUAUGUGUGUGUAUGUAUGUAUGUAUGUGUAUAUAUGUAUAUGUAUGUAUGUAUAUAUAUAUAUAUAUAUAUAUUAUACUGUCAGUUCAUCAUGUCCUGGUAAUUUUUUUGUGUGCCCUAAACUCUGAUACGUGAUAACAGGAGGAGUUGGGACAUUUAACCAGGAACCUAUUGGUUGGUGAACUGUGCAUUUUGAAGGUCAUUAAUGUUUCAUAUAUUAUUAAUGGAAUGUUAAACGGUCAUCAGGUUCUUUUGUGGAAAAAUCUUCCAAGGAUUUAACCCCUUAACGACGUUGGGACAUGUCAUUCCGUGGGACAUGUCAUUCCGUGCUACAAGGCAUUGGUUUUAAUAUCUAAUGUCACAUACUAGCAUUCUGGUAUGAGGUCGAUUUACAUUUCUGCUCACACCAGGGAGACCUAGGUUUCAAUGAAUGCCUGUUGUUCCCCUCUGUCAGGUGGGUUGAGAUUUAGUGGCCCCAGUCUGGUCAAUGAGCUGUAUGCAUUGUUCUAAGUGGGUGAUGCAUACAGCUCUUAAAUAUCUUUUGAAACCUCACAGCUGAGCAGAUCACACUCAUACACAUGGAUUCUCUAACUUACAGAUGCUCAAGGGAGACCCCGAGGGCAUGGCCUGCCUAUAUGCCUCUCUGCAGAUUGUGGUUAGUGCUGAUCUUUUCCAGUGUGAUUAGCAGGGAAAAUAUGCUGGAGGCUCAGCACUACAGGGACAUCUCCCUGUCAUGCUUAAAAUAGCCAGUAGAUGGGGGGGUAACCAGAUCACUUCCUCCUUUUUUUUUUUUUUUUUUUUUAGCCAGGAGAUCCAUUUGCUGAUAUUAGAUACACUGUCACCAGUGGGGUACCUCAGGGAUCUGUACUUGGACCCAUUCUCUUUAAUAUGUUUUAGUGAUAUUGCAGAAGGUCUUGAUGGUAAGGUAUGUCUUUUUGCUGAUGAUACUAAGAUAUGUAACAGGGUUGAUGUUCCAGGAGGGAUAAGCCAAAUGACAAAUGAUUUAGGUAAACUAGAAAAAUGGUCAGAAUUGUGGCAACUGACAUUUAAUGUGGAUAAGUGCAAGAUAAUGCAUCUUGGACGUAAAAACCCAAGGGCAGAGUACAGAAUAUUUGAUAGAGUCCUAACCUCAACAUAUGAGGAAAGGGAUUUAGGGGUGAUUAUUUCUGAUGACUUAAAGGUAGGCAGACAAUGUAAUAGAGCAGCAGGAAAUGCUAGCAGAAUGCUUGGUUGUAUAGGGAGAGGUAUUAGCAGUAGAAAGAGGGAAGUGCUCAUGCCAUUGUACAGACACUGGUGAGACCUCACUUGGAGUAUUGUACACAGUACUGGAGACCGUAUCUUCAGAAGGAUAUUGAUACCUUAGAGAGGGUUCAGAGAAGGGCUACUAAACUGGUUCAUGGAUUGGGGAUAAAACUUACCAGGAAAGGUUAAAGGAUCUUAACAUGUAUAGCUUGGAGGAAAGACGAGACGGGGGGAUAUGAUAGAAACAUUUAAAUAUAUAAAGGGAAUCAACACAGUAAAGGAGGAGACUAUAUUUAAAAGAAGAAAAACUACCACAACAAGAGGACAUAGUCUUAAAUUAGAGGGACAAAGGUUUAAAAAUAAUAUCCGGAAGUAUUACUUUACUGAGAGGGUAGUGGAUGCAUGGAAUAGCCUUCCAGCUGAAGUGGUAGAGGUUAACACAGUAAAGGAGUUUAAGCAUGCGUGGGAUAGGCAUAAGGCUAUCCUAACUAUAAGAUAAGGCUAGGGACUAAUAAAAGUAUUUAGAAAAUUGGGCAGACUAGAUGGGCCGAAUGGUUCUUAUCUGCCGUCACAUUCUGUGUUUCUAUGUUAGUACUGCUAUUUAGGGUAAGGUAAGGUUAGGCUUAAUGCUGUUUAGGAAAAGUAUACUGUUUAUAGUUGGUUUAAGCUUAGGGGUAGGGUUGGUAUAGUGAUGGGGAGGCUGGUAUAGGUCUAGUGUUGACUACCUACCAAAAAUUGAUUUAAAUCUUAGACAUUAGGCUUUUAAUAAUCAGGAUUUAUACAUAACUCUAGUUAUGUAUUAACAAAAGAAAACAUUUGAAAAAAAUGCAUUUUUAACAUUUUAUUAAAGGACCACUAUAGUGCCCUGAGGGUGCCCCCACCCUCAGGGUCCCCCUCCCGCCCGGCUCUGGAAAGGGGUUAAAACUUACCUUUUUCCAGUGCUGGGCGGGGAGCUCUCCUCCGAUCCUCCUCUUCUCCUCCCCGUCGGCUGAAUGCGCACGUGCAGCAUUCAUAAUGCUUUCCUAUGGACGCUGGCGUGCUCUCACUGUGAAAAUCAGAGUGAGAAGCACGCAAGCGCCUCUAGCGGCAGUCAAUAAGACAGCCGCUAGAGGAUUAGGGGGAAGGCUUAACCCAUUCAUAAACAUAGCAGUUUCUCUGAAACUGCUAUGUUUAUGAAAAAAUGGGUUAACCCUAGCUGGACCUGGCACCCAGACCACCCCAUUAAGCUGAAGUGGUCUGGGUGCCUAGAGUGGUCCUUUAAUACUUAAAGCACAUUUGUCACGUUUCAGUAUUUCAUAAAGAUAUUACUUCUUAUGAAAUAAUGAUUAUGACUGCAUUAGAAUUUCAUUAAAAUUCCAGCACAAUCCAGAGAUACCAUUAGACAAAGUUGGGACUACUUUGUGUUAUGGUAAAGCCUUAGGUUGAAAAACAGAGGAGCUCCUUUGUCAACAUUUGUCCAAUCCCAGUAGCCAUCACAAAUGACGGCUGUCGUAAUCCGGGUUUGUCUAUGUAGGUUCCUCCGAGGAUUCUCAACUUCAGUCGAAUUCAGCACUGACAUGAUUCCUGGCAAUUGAAGUGCAAGAAGCCAAAGAGAAUCUGCAUCGUAAAGAUGGCAGCAGUCGCGAGGGACAUCUUGAGUUAAGUAAAACUCACCUCCCUAGCGUCCUGUGGCCACCUGACCCACACCAGAUCUGUCAGUUUCAGGGGGUUGCAAAAUAUUUUUAAAAAGUAAUUUUGUUCUUUGAAAAACAAAAUAUAAUAUAUUCACUUAAAGAAAAACCCUUAAAUUACAGCACUAAUUCUAGAUUUUGUUUUGGUUCCAAAUUGCCUCCAUCCUAAAGGGGUUGCCAUGUUCUUUCAUCUUAUUGAAUUGGUUAUAGUGCCUGGAGUCCCGUGGAACUCCCUCCAUUCAGUGUUGAACAAUUAUUGAGCAGUUUAACACUGAAUGAGAGUCUGUGGUUUCCUACAGCCGUGCUUCCAUUUGAGAUAUGGCUAAAGAAAUUUCUACACACUUCCUUGUAGACAUACCGAUUUAUAUCUGCAAUGGCACUGUUAUAGGUUGAAAGAGGUCAGCUGACAUUCUCUUCUCAGUCAAUCACAGCCACUCAUUGCUGCUAAGGCUCAUUUGCCCAAGCAACACACAGGGGAUGCGUUGUUGUUGACUCAGUUUAAUGCCGAAUGGACUAUAACCACUUUAACAAGCUUAAACUGCUAUGGUGCCAACAGUGUCCAUUUAAGGGAUGUUUCACCAUUAAAGGACCACUAUAGGGUCAGGAACACAAACAUGUAUUCCUGACCACCUAGUGUUAAAACCACCAUCUUGCCUCCUUAAAUAUAGUAAAAAUCAUAUUUUAAUUCAAGUCUGCAGCUGCUGGCUCUGCCUCUGACCUGCCUGCUGACAUCAAUAGGAAGUGGUUGUCUGAGCCAGUCUCAAUGCUUCCCCAUAGAAUUGGCUGAGACUGUCAUGGAGGCAGAUCAGGGACAGAGCCAACACAGGUCAAACACAGCCCUGGCCAAUCAGCAUCUUCUCAUAGAUUAAUUGAAUCCAUGCAUGUCUAUGAGGAAAGUUCAGUGCCUGCAUGCAAAAGGUGGAGACACUGAAUGGCAGUCCUGCUCACUGUGCAGCACUGCCUCAGGAAGCACCUCUAGUAGCCAUCAAUGGAGUUAUCACUAGGCUGUAAUGUAAACACUGCAUUUUCUCUGAAAAGACCGUGUUUACAGCAAAAAAAACAGAAGGGAAUGAUUCUGCUCACCAGAACAAAUACAAUAAGCUGUAGUUUUUUCUGGUGACUAUAAUGUCCCUUUAACAAGUCAGUGUAGUUUUAGAAUAGUGUUUGAGGUUUUGGUAAGAGUCCGUUCUUUUCAUAAAACUAAACUGAACUGAAGGUUAACCUUUGAAAACCAGGCAUAACAUGUCAAAGCUUAAUUUAUUUAUACCUGUAUUUAUUGACCAAUGUUUCAGAACGGGAACUGGUUUUAGAAGUGGAGCGAAUGCGGACACAGUAUGGCAUUUUGCGUACUGAUCGCUCACCUUCUCGACUAGACUCCUUUGUAAAGACCUUGGAGGAUGAAAGGGAUUACUAUAAAACCGAAAUGGAGAAACUGGAGCGCGUGGUUAAUCUGAAAUCCAGUGUUCUUGGACAUUCAAGGUUGGAAAGCAGCAGGUCUCCAUCUUCACCAGACAAGGUAAUACCACUUGAUCACACAGUAUCUACAGGUUGGCUGUAAAAUGUUGUCAAUGAUGUUGAAUUCCUUUUUAAGUUAUUUACUUAUACUUGCUGCCAGAACAUGGUAUGUAGGAAACUAAUCCUAUUGAGGCAGAGUUUGCUUGUGAAGCUCACACAUUCUUCAUCUUGUUACUAAUCACAAAAACAAUACCUCCACUCCUCAAUAAACUUAAACAGACUGUUGAGGUUAAAAAAAAAAAAAACCUUGAAAAAGGCAAUUAAGAUUCAAUCUAAAACUUGAAUUUAUUAGUUAUUCACAAAUAUAUUCCCAUAUAAGUCCCAAGAAUCCUAGCUCUUUUGCAACGUCUACAGCUAGGCUGAUCCAUCACCUUGUUGCCCAGCACUAAUGUUUUCAUGCUGGGCAGUGUCCAAUCAAAUGGUUCUCACAGCCCAAUUGUAUCAUGUAUCUCUUUUAUAUAUGUAUAUGUUUCAUUAAUUCUAAGAAUUUCCAUGUGCUUUUACCAUGGACCAUUUUUCAAACGUGGCAUCUUCUUACCUUUUUAAAGUGACGUUAAACUUCUAGCCAUAUUUAAUAGAAGUAUGAAAUAGUUUUUGGAUACGUUCAUAAUAGUGUGCUACAGCAAUGAGUCUUGCAUGGAGUUUAUCAUCAACAUGAUAAGCCCAUGCUGCCAGGUACUCUGCAACAACAUGGUGUACUUGACUUGUGAGCAGCAAGUUUUUCUCUCCUGCUGGAGUGGAAGAUAUUAAUUUCCCCCUAUAAUUAGCAGGGCAGCCCACUGAGGGCCCCCUUGUUAAUUACUUUAAUAGUAAUUCAACCCUAAUUCAUCUGAAUUUAGAAGGAAUCCAAUGUUCCAUUUGGCUUAUUUUUAUUAUUAUUAUUUAUUUUUUUUUUUAAACAAUCUUUUUAUUAAAAAGUUUUAGGUUUUUAACAGAGAUGUAGGUACAUAAUCAGAAAAGGAAAGGUAGCAAACAGUGUGUUGUGUUCCAGUUCGGUUGGAGACAAGAAGUUCUAUGAGGAGGUUUCCGUAGUAUUGUAGCCCUCCAAAAUAUAAUACCAUCCAUUACCGUAGAUGACAAAUGCCUAACCUGUAUGUAUAAUAUUAGUGACAAAUAUCACACCUUUUGCACAUGCUUCCUAGCGUGCUACAGGAGGCGUUUGCAAAGGGUGUGAUAUUUGUCACUAAUAUUGUUGUGGUAGUAGUUUGUUUUAUAAGGUCUUUGCUAAGGACACUUUUUAACAACAACAAAAAAAGGAUGAUUUAAAUGAAGGGGGCCAUUUACCAUCUUUACUACAUUUUGUGUGUUGCCAUUUUGAGUAAAAAUUAAUUUUUUGUUUUUUUUCUUAUCUCCAUUAAUGUUAGGGUGCUGGCUUUAAUUCAGAACUAAGGCGGAUAACUAGAGAGCGAGAUGAUCUACAGAACAUGCUUGAUCGGUUUGAGAAACAUAUGGCGGAAAUUCAGCUUAACGUCAAGUCGCUGACAGCAGAAAGAGAUAAGCUCCGUCUGCUUUAUGACCAGGUAUGGUCUAUAUGUUUGUACAUGGGCUACAUGUAGACAAUUAAUAUCUUGUAUAUGUGUGAUAUCACUGACGUUUUAAAGGAAUAUCAUUUUACAUCUAUCAUGUCACGAAUGAUAACUCUACCAGAAAAUGCAGUUACAUGUUAUUGUUGCAUAGCCUACUUCAAAUAAUUAGAGGAUCUAUGACAUCCGCCAAGGUACUCACUUUGUAGAGAUUGAAUUAUCUGUUAAAUAUGGACUCUGUCCUAAACUGCAAUUUUAUAAUGUCCAGUAAUAUACAUAAAGGAAAACUAUCGUCAUUUUGUUAUAUAAAAUAAAAAAACAAACACAUUACAUAUAACCAAAACCAUUAGAUUAUGGUGUUAAGUCCGAUAUGUGGUGCUUUGACGAAAGAGGACUUAAAGGUAGACUCCUCCAGGAAUCGUGUGAUUUUGAAAAAGGAACUGAAAUCAAGUAUUUUUAUUUCUUAGUCUCAGAAGGAGUCGAUUGUGCUAAGAGAUGCACCACAUAAAGAAUAUCAAGAUGAGCUGCUUCAUGUUGAAGAAGAAAAAAAUCUUGUUGUUUCAGACUUGCGGAGAGUCGCAGCAGAAAACGAAUGUUUAAAGGACGAGCUUACGGUAAUAUCAGUUAGAAUUUCUUUGGAUUUUGUGCUGUUGAAAUACAUCGCUACUGAUGACACCUAAAGUUCAAUGGAAAUUAGUUACUCGUUUAUAUUAUUUUUUCGAUUUUUAACACUGAAUGAGGGGUCCCACGGUGCACGCAGCCCAGCACUUGGUGCAUCAACCUGAGCAGCGAUGGUUGGCAUGGAUAGCCUGAGAGCAUCAGAUAAUCACACUUAACCUUUCACUGCCACCCGUCACUGGUAGUUGUAUAGUUAAUGCAGAGUUGCAAAAUGAUUUAGCCCUUAACCAUUGGAUGGUGCCAAGGAAACAGCACUUCAAAACAGUCCUAUAUGUACUACAUCUACCUUGAAUCUUUGUGCUAUGCGUCACUUCAGGUUCACGCAUACAGCAGCAAUACUAUAAGAAGAACUAUACAGCACAAGGUUCAUAGCGAUAUAUUAGCCGCGAUACGUCACUUCCGGGUGUGACACUAUAUUUCUACCUCAAAUAGUUUAACGGUUACAUAUUGCACUAUUUUUUUGUCAGUUUCUGUUUCCUUCAAGGUUACAAAAACCAUCCUACCUCAGCAUAUGUAGAUUGAACCAACUGAUGUAAUUAUAUUUUUUUAUGUUCUAAAUUUCUGCUAUACCUUAUUGCAUUUGGGGCACGGUCUCUCACCUUGCUUGUUGUUAUCUAUUUUGUCAGUGAGCACCUACUCCUAUCUCUAUCUGGAAAAAGACUUGACUGCCAGAAAGAAAGAAAAAUAUACUAGAAUAAGAGAGGGGGAAAAACCUUAGUCCCCUAGUAAUAUGUUUGUGGGAAAAUAAAGAGUAGUCACACAUUAGAUUUUCUUACUCUGCCCGAAACCUUGGAUACAUUUCUAUAUAAUUCUAUAAUUAUACUGUCUCCUAUUGCAGGUUCAGCAAGAAUCGUAUACUUCUGAAAAAUCGAAAUUUUUCCAAAGAAUUGUUGAACUUGAAAGCAACAUUCGAGAUGUAAGUGAUCAUUUUACACUUGUGAGAGAAACAUGCUUUAAUCUAGUUAACCCACCAUAAUUCAUCCCAACUUCUGGAUUACUACAGCACGCUAAGCAACUUGGCAUGUAGUAAAUGCAUGGAAAUAGCAAUUCAGCUGCUCAUUUUAUUUUGGAUCAUUUUUGAGUAUCAAAACUAUUAGAUUUAAGAUAAAUAUAAAGAACAUAACAGACAAACAACCAUGUACACCAAAAACUGAAUUGAACAAUGUACGCAUCACUAAAAGAAAAUGGAAUCCUGCAGCAAUCCUAUAUUCCUCAGAUAAAAAUAGAAAAAAGGGAAUUAAAGUGAAAGAAGGUGAAGAGAAAAAAAGAUUCAUCCAGUCAGUAAUAAUUAUAUAGGCCUAUGCUCUAGUAAACUAGACCAGUUGUUUACAGAAAGGUGCCACAGGUCAUUCGUUUUGAAAAAGACGAACAAUUGUAGUUGUAUGCCGCAGUAAUGUAUUGUUUAAGAUUUAUACCCUUGAAGCAUAAAUCUUCAGAAUUAAAUUAUCCCAAUAAUACCUAACUAUGACCCACCAUCUGCUAAUCUUACUUCUGAUGCACAUAUUGGCUAUUUAUAUUACUUCCCAAAAAGUGUAUUGAAAAGCAUUUUGAAAAAAGGUUAAACAUCUCCCCUGUACUGAGUUGAUAUUAUCUCCCCUCUCCACUGUCCUGGCACUGUUCGCUUUUAAUCAUUUUAAUGUUUUAACUUGCCUCCAAAAGCAUAAGUCAUAUUGUAUCAAUAUUCUGAAAAUGUUCAUAGAACAGCAAUUAUAUUAGGCAGUAAUCUGUUUUUUCACUGUAAAGCAUGACUAUAUUCCAAAUUCAGACAUGUCAGGCUUGAUAAAUUAUAUACAAUUCUUAAUAAUUCCUUGUCCUGAAUACUGCAUAUAUACAUAAAGUCAAAAUAAUAAUUUGAGACCUUUUAGACUAGGGUGGACAGGAAUUAAAUCAACAGUCACUUCAGAACUAAAACUCGAAUGAUGUAUAACUACUUAAAAGCACCAUGGGACUUGUAGGUCUGCAAAACAUGGGUAUCUACCAUAUAUUUUAUUGUAUUUUUGCUAUGCAUUCUCUAUAAUGCAUUAAAAAUGGAAACCACUACCAGCAUGGAGUGCCCCUCCAGGGCUGAUACGGUAGUAUUUUGUCGAAAAUAUACGAACGGCAAUUUAAAUUAACUUGCCCUUAAGAAAUUAAAGAUAUAUGCUAAUGAGAAAUUGUCUAUAAUGAUUUCUCAGAACAAAUGCCUCAGCUUAACAACCCAGAAAAUUUACAAUUAUUCUGCUGUAAAAGUUGCUUCAGUCUGUAACACUAAGAUAAUAUCCAAAGCCCAUGUCCUGCUUCAUGGGAAUGGGUGAAGCAUCCUUUUAAAAUAAAAAUUUGAAGAAAACAAAAGUUCUUUAAAAAAAAAAAAAAAAUGUUAAAAGGACCACUAUAGGCACCCAGACCACUUCAGCUUAAUGAAGUGGUCUGGGUGCCAGGUCCAGCUAGGGUUUUUUUUUUUUUAACAAACAUAGCAGUUUCUGAGAAACUGCUGUGUUUAUGUUAGGGUUAAUCCAGCCUCUAGUGGCUGUUUCUUGACAGCUGCUAGAGGCGCUUGCGUGCUUCUCCCUGUGAAUACGCCAGCGUCCAUAGGAAAGCAUUGUGAAUGCUUUCCUAUGGAUUGGCUGAAUGCGCGCGCAGCUCCUGCCGCGCAUGCGCAUUCAGCCGAAGAGGAGGAGAGCUCCCUGCCCGGCGCUGGAGAAAGAGGUAAGUUUAACCCCUUCCUCCCCCCUCAGCGCCACGGGAGUGUGACUUUAAGCCCUUUGCUUUCCCAGCUGAAAACCAAUGUUAUGGGACGAUGAUUAACUGUAACAGUAUGGCUAGCUUACAGUAAAUUCACUGAAUUAAAGCCACAUAUUCAUUUUUUGCUAUAGCAAUGGUCCGAUUCUUCUGUUCUAUAAAUUAAAUCUACAAAUUGCUUCUAUUCUUAUCACUGCCAGAAAUGCAGAUGUCUUCAUUGCUCUUAGAAAGAUAGUGCUGUUCCAGUAAUUUAUUGUGGAUUGUUACCUGGGGCCUGAUAAUUAGGAAGAGUCUGUCACAGCUAUUGGUAUUGGAGUUGUAGGAUUUCUUUUUCUCCUACACAAAAGUAAUGUCACAUUCUGAAUGUAUUUUUUAAAAUGUUGACAUUAACCCCUUAAGACCGGAAGGCGUACUAUUACGCCCUAUUUUAGGCGGCUCUAAACGCCGCCGGGCAUAAUAGUACGCCCUCCGGUCUUUCUGUUCUUACCCGGUCGCCGGCGAUCGCGGUUGGGGGGACUCCCAGGGAGCCCCCCGCGGCACGUCCGACCCCCUGGAAGCCCCCCCGGCCAUGUGAGAGUGAGGUCCUUGUGAGAACCUCACAAUCACAUGGCCGGGUAGGCUGCCUCCUGCAUUGCCAACAGGGGGGCUGCCUGUAAUGACAGGUGGUCCCCCUGCUGGCUGAAAAUAAAAUAAAAGUUAAUCAGUGUUAAAAAAAAAUAAUAAUAUAUACUUAGAUCAUAUAUAUAUGAUCUAAGUAUGUAUGUGUGUGUGUGUAUAUGUAUGUAUGUGUAUAUAUAUACACACACGUACACUGUAUAGGUGUAUUUUACUAUUUAUAUAUAUAUAUAUAUUAAUUAUCAAAUUACACGUAGACUGAUACUGAUUAUAUAUUUGUGCUCGGAAUUUAAAUACGUAAUGGAUAGUAUCUGUGAGCAAAGUUGGUUGUGGUGUGCCGAAACCAACGUACAAGUGGGCCUGUAAAUAAAAGAGGGCCCACCAAGGAUAAUGUAGUUAAAACAGGGUGUAGGUGGGUGGGGACAAUCAGCUGAGCGGCAGCGGUGAGUAGGGGCUGGGAGUUUAAGUAGAGGACUUACUCCUCCCACAAAUUCAGGCCUAAUGGCCUUUCUACUUGUGCUCGGAAUUUAAAUACGUAAUGGAUAGUAUCUGUGAGCAAAGUUGGUUGUGGUGUGCCGAAACCAACGUACGAGUGGGCCUGUAAAUAAAAGAGGGCAAAAGAUAAAUUCGAGAAAAUACACACUUUAUUGCAUUUUACAAGACCAAGUUCCUGAAAGCUUGGCGAAGCUCUCUCUCUGGUUGCGGAAUAUAUGCGUUAUAUAUGUUAUAUAAUAUAAGAAAAAUGUAAAUACGUUAAAUUAAAUAAAAAAAAAAAUUAAAUAUAUAGAUGUGUGUUAUUUCGUUAUAACUGUAUUGUGAUAUAUAUCUAUAUAUCUCUAUCUCAAAAUACACGUAGAAUGAAAUAAUAUAUAGACGUAUAUAUAUUUUGGUACAAUGCCAUUAUGCUUGAUCUGAAGUUCGGUGGGAAUCCCAUUUUGGUAAGGGUGAGCAACAUAUACCUCCAGUGUAGGCGAUCAAACGCCUUCUCAGCGUCAAGCGCUAGCAAGAGUCCCGCUUGAUGCAAGGCGUUUGCCCAUUCUAUCAGGUUCAAGAAAUGUCUAGUGUUGUCCCCUACUUGACGCCCCUGGACGAAGCCCGCUUGCUUUUCCGAUACGAGGUCUGGGAGGAUUGGUUUGAGUCUAGAAGCAAGGAGUUUGGCAUACAGUUUGGUGUCUGCGUUCAAGAGGGAGAUUGGACGUAGGUUUGCACAGUGUGUGGGGGGUUUGUUGGGUUUGGGUAACGUCACUAUGUGUGCCUCCAGCAUUUCUGUGGGCAUGAUCCCUGCAUUUUUUAUGUGAUUAAAUAGGUUGGUGAGAGGCGUAAGUAGUUGUUUGGCCAAUUUUAUGUAGUAAUAGUUGGACAUCCCGUCUGGUCCGGGGGCCUUAUGUUUGGGGAGGGAUCUGAUUGCUGUUCCUACUUCGUCCUCCGUGAAAGGGUUCUCUAGUUGAGUGCGUUGUGCUUGUGUUAGACUGGCUAGGGGUGCUCUAUCCAGAAAACGGGCUAUCUCGUCUUCCGUCGGUUGGUGUGUGGAGGGAUCUUUUCCUAAUUGGUACAAUGAGGCAUAGUACUUCGCUAGUUCGUUCACUAUGUCUUGGGGGUUGUAUAGUUUAUCCCCUGUUGUGGAGGUCAUGUACGGGAUUUUAGAUUGCAAUUUUAUUUGUUUUGCUUUAUUGGCCAACAUUCUCCCAGCUUUAUUGCCCAUGACAUAGUGUGAUUGCUUCAAAAACCUCAAGUGUUGUUCUGUUGCUGCGAGGUUGAGGCUGUGUAGCGUUGUAUGAAGUGACAUCAGUCGCUUAUGUGUUGCAAUUGUGGGGUUUGUUUUAUGAGUGGAUUCUACUUUGGCCAGGUCUUGCUCUACCUCGUUCAAUGUUGUGUUGUGCAGCCUCUUUGUUCUAGCCCCUAUUUGGAUUAAUUCUCCCCUCAUGACUGCCUUAUGGGCCAGCCAUUUUGUAGCGUCGGGUGACGAGCAGUUAACAUGGUCUGCGAAAAAUUCCUCUGCCCGGGCCCGUAGUCGUUGGAGAUGUGCCGGCACAUCUAACAGACCUUCAUUCAGGCGCCACGUGCCUCGACCCCUAGCUGGGUACGGAAUUCGCAUGGUGACAACAUAUGGGGCAUGGUCAGACCACGUGAUCGGCCCAAUGUGUGCCUUAAUGGCAAAGGGCAACGUUUUGGUGUCCAGUAGGCAGAGAUCAAUUCUCGUGUAGGUCCUAUGGACCGUUGAGUAGUACGUGUAGUCCCUCCCGCUCGGGUUCAGGCCUCUCCAAGUGUCAUAGAAGUCAUGCCCGUGCAAUAAUUUCCUAAAGUGUUGGCCUAGUGAGAUUGAAUGUUGUUGUGGUAUAUCGACAUCGGGAUCUGGAGUGCAAUUGAAAUCCCCGCAUAUAAUUGUAUGGCCCACUCUGAGCUUGUCAACUUUCCUAAAUACUUUGCUGAGGAAGGUUUUUUGCUUAUCGUUCGGCGCAUAUAUGGAAGCUAUAGUCACCGAUAAACCAUUUAGGGAACCCACUAGUAUUAGUAUUCUCCCGUCUCGACUGGCAAAUUGGUUGGAUGGUGUGAAUGCCCAAUUCCUAUGGAAAUAGAUAGCAACUCCUUUAGCUUUAGUGUCGGACAUGGCAUGGUAACCUUGGGGAUAGUGUUUGAUAGUGAAUUUUGGGUGUUUUCUAAUGCAGAAGUGCGUCUCUUGGAGACCUAUAAUUGCUGCCUUGGAUUUGUUCAUUUCCUGUACCGCUAGUCUCCUUUUAUGUGGGCUGUUGAGACCCUUAACGUUUAAGGUGAGGAUUGUCAGAGAGUCAUCCAUGAUCCUGGUGUAGUGUUUUGUUGUACUGGGGCCUUGGGGUGUCAUUCGCUUCUUGCAACAUGUGGUAUGCUACUGGUCCGGGACCUAAAGGAGGGAAUGUAGGGGUAGUGGACAGGAAUACGGAAAGGGAGAAAUAAUAACCAAAGUAUAUACAAAGCGCCUUGGAGAGAACUAGCGCUCUACGUGGGUGAGGUGUGAGCGGGCAAACUCUACCCGGCUCACUUCUCAUCCUGGGGUCGCACCUGGGUGAUUCGGCCGAGUGCGUGACAGCCUUUCUCUAGGUAGACUUGUUCCUACCUCACAACCAUAUCUGAGAUGUCCAACAAAGACCCACUAUUUAGACACAGACGGUACCCUCUCCUCCAACUCGCCACCUUGUAUACGCCAUGCUGGCACAGAGCCUAUAUAAUACACAUUGUCUGAGACAUGACUACCGUACCCUAUAACCUCCUUCUUGCUGUAGUACUUAUAGAGUUUGCGUUACUACCGUCCCCUUUGUACCUGCCCUGAGUCAUCCCCGCUACUUGAGGCCUUACUUCUUGGGCAUUAGGGACUUGCAUAUAUUGUGUUACACUAAUAGGGUACAGUAUGUCAUACUCACAAUCCAGUUACGUUAGCAUGUCAUAGAGCGAAGGCUAGCAUUGGGUUAGAGUGUCUCUUAGUGUCCAAUUUUGCAGUGGGUUAGUGGUAUGUCCUUGUUGGGUCCCGUCCUGGAGCCCUAUUCUUUCCUUUGUGGCGAGCCCGCCAUCUGCCAGUCAGCAUGCGGUCGUUUCGGGGAUGCUGCAGUCGAAGCGUCCCUCGUUGGUAGCGGGAAUAGGCCCCAUUCUUUCAGUAAGCGCAUUCCCACCUCCGGUUCGUUGACGGUAUGCGUUUUGGCGUUCCUCCAUAUAAGUAGUUUUGUAGGAUAGCCCCAUCUGUAUUGUCGUUUCUCAGGGACUUUGUUACGUUGAUGAACUCUCUGCGUCUGCUCAUUGUCAUAGCUGACAGGUCUGCUUAUAGUUGAACACCUGUAUAUGGUUCAGGCAUCACUGUAAUUUUUCUCGCCGCCUGCAGUAGAUGGUCCUUCGUCUUAUAGUAGUGGAAACGAGCGACCACGUCACGUGGCGUAUCUUGAUGCAGAUUUUGCGGUUUUGGUAGCCUGUGGGCUCUGUCUAUGAGCCAUUCCGGGUCCGUUAUCUCCGGCGCCAGGGACUUACACAGGGAAGUAAGGUAUUGAGGCAGUUGACCUCUAGUGACGCUUUCUGGGAUACCACGAAAGCGUAUAUUGUUUCUGCGUGAGCGAUCUUCCAUGUCCGCUAUUUUCCUUUUCAGGAACUGCUGUUCACUCACCAAUUGUUGCACCGUGUCUGCCAGGGCGUCUUGCGCUGCGCAUAUGUCAUCCGUUCGGGUUUCCAGGUUGUUUGUUCUUUCCCCUAGAUCUUUCUUAAUGUCAUUUGUGGCUUUUUUCAAGUCAGACUGCAGGAUGAGCCUGAAAUCUUUCAGCAUUGCAUAUAACUUCUUUUCUGUGACCGGGGCAUCAGUGUAGCCUUGCUCCUCAUAAUCUGUGGGAGGAUUUGAGGCCUGUGAGGAUUCCAGCUCCUCGCCGCCGCCAUCUUGCGCCGGCAGUGACCGGUCUUUUUUCGCAUGGCGGAUCGGAUCUGUCAGCUUUGUUUGUUUUGCCGGGGCCAUGGGAGGUAAGGGAGAGGUACCUCGCCUGUUUCUCGCCGUCAGCCGGGGGUAGGAGCUGCUAUUAAUCACGCUGUUGCCGUCUCGGACCGGGAGCUCUCACUCCAUGCGUCCGUUCCUCUCGGCUGUUGGACACCCCCCCGUUUUUUGCAUUUUUCAUGCACAAACAGCACUUACACGGACGAUAUUAUUGCUGCGAUACUUUUUACUGUUUUGAAACACAAAUAUUUGUGUUCAGCGAAGUCUCCCGAGUACAACAGUACCCCUCAUGUACAGGUUUUAUGGUGUUUUCAAAAGUUACAGCGUCAAAUAUAAGGCUUGCGUUUCAUUUUUUUCACAUUAAAAUUCGCCAGAUUGGUUACGUUGCCUUUGAGACCCUAUGGUAGCCCAAGAAUGAAAAUUACCCCUAUGAUGGCAUACCAUUUGCAAUAGUAGACAACCCAAGGUAUUGCAAACUGGGUAUGUCCAGUCUUUUUUAGUAGCCACUUAGUCACAAACACUGGCCAAAAUUGGCGUUUUUUGCAUUUUUCACACACAAACAAAUAUUAACACUAACUUUUGCCAGUGUUUGUGACCAAAUGGCUACUAAAAAAGACUGGACAUACCCCAUUUGCAAUACCUUGGGUUGUCUACUAUUGCAAAUGGUAUGCCAUUAUGGGUGUAAAUUUAAUUCCUGGGCUACUAUACAAUCUCAAAGGCAACGUAACCAAUCUGGCGAAUUUAAAUUUCAAAUGUAAUGUGCAAUAUUUGACCCUGUAACUUCCCAAAACGCCAUAAAACCUGUACAUAGGGGGUACUGUUUUACACAGUAUUAUGACAUUGACUGUUAAAAUGUCAUGUAGAACUAAAAAAAAUAAUCUUCUCUUCUCCCAUUUUUUUCAUAUUAAAUUAUGUUUCAUAGCAAAAUAUUUGAUAUUAAAUGAAAGCCAUGUUUCCCCUGAAUAAAAUGAUAUAUAAUAAGGGUGGGUAUAUUUAAUAUGAAAGAGGUGUAUUACGGUUGGACAGACAUGUAACGCAAAUGCCAGGUUUUGUCUACAUUUUGUUUCGUUCACAAUGUGUAUAUUUGGCUCCGUCCUUAAGGGGUUAAAGUCUAUAGGUAUUUAUGAAGAUAAAUCUUUUGAAAACAAAUUGUAAUCAUGGGAAAAGCUAAUCUAAAAUAAUUAAAUCAAGACCUUUGUUGGUUCCUUAUUGGGCUGAUUCUGGACUAUUUCUCAUCUAAUUGUUUACUUUUUCCUAUUUUUCCUUUUAGCUUGAAUCUGAACGGUGUGAAUUAAAAUCUACAGUGUCAGACCUAAAAGAACAAAUUGCUUUACUAGAGAAAGAUGCAAGGUUGCAGUCUGAUAAUUUGGCUCAAACACUGGAUGACUCCUCUCAAUAUAAAGCAGAAUUGAGCUCACUGAGGUUUGUAUAUAUAACUUUGAGAGAUAGAUCUACUGUAGUUUUAUGCAAGUUAUUUUAUCGUAAGGUGAAUGAUGUGUUUUAUGGUCUAGAUUACUGAAUGCACAGUUGCAAACAUCGCUGGAAGAUCUGCAACAUCGCCUCACAGUUAAAUCCAAUGAAGUACAGUUAUCCCGUGAACAAGUUGUAACUUUAGAAGAAAGAAUAGGUAAGUCUAUUUUAAUAUGGAUUUUUAUUUGUUCCACAGUGUGAAGAAGGUAUGGUUACUCAUUUUUGUUUUUAAAAGUAGUUCCCAAACUUAUUUGAGCUGUGGAACAUUUAAUAAGAAAUUCCACAGUUAGAAUGGCACUCAUGAGCAAGUUCAGUGUGCAGAUACUAUGGAGAAAUCUCCAACGAAUAAUACACAACACAAAUUUACACUUUAUUAAAAGUUACAGUUCCAAAGUACAUUUGUUUUCAUUUUUAACUUAAAGGGACACUAUAGUCACCCAGACCACUUCAGCUCAAUGAAGUGGUCUGGGUGUCAGGUCCCUCUAGGGUUAACUCUGCCUGAUGUAAACAUAGCAGUUUCUGAGAAACUGCUAUGUUUACAUCUGGGGUUAAGCCAGCCUCUAGUGGCUGUCUUCCGGACAGCCACUAGAGGCGCAUCGGCAAUGAUUGAGGCAUAUUAUGCCUCAAUCAGGCAGCGCGUCCAUACGGACAUUUUGAAUGCGUGCGCGGCAAUGCCACGCAUGCGCAUUCGGCACCGGUGAUGUCAGACAAGGAUGCUGACCUCGGCGGGGGAGGAGAGGUAAGGGAGCCUGGUGGGGGAAAAGGGCGAGUAGGGGUUUUAACCCCUUCAGCGCCGCGGGAGGGGGACCCUGAGGUUGGGGGCACCCUCAGGGUACUAUAGUGUCCCUUUAAUCAGCACGUUAUAAAUGAUGCAUGAGCUUGAAUCAUCCUUAGUAGAGAGAUCCAUGCUUCUAACCAAACUGACUUAUUAUUUUUUUAUUAAUUCCAGCUCUUAUGGGAGACCCAAUUAUAAUCCUAAAACUUAUUAAAAAGCACUUUUAAGGACUCGGUUAAACCUAUUACAGCCCUUAAUUCAAGGUGUUUGCAGCACAUUUUGAGGUGGCCUGAUGCAAACGGUGUUCCAUUCCACACUGGUGGAUAACCACAGUUCUUAAAUAUCGUUGUUAACCGCUCCUUAACAAAACCUUCACUGUAGUUUGUGUACUAAACUUUCCAUCUCAGAAAAGCCUACCCCUGAAAGACAAAGUUUAGGAAAGGGAAAUGACCAUCCAAUUUAUUUUUUUACUAUACUCUAUUCUCUCUGCAAAGUCUCUUUUUUGUUCUAAAGAUCUGUUGUGUUUCCUAGCUGAACCCAAUAAAACAUUGAAAGUAAUUUUCCUUUUAGCCAUUUAAUCAGAGGUCUUAGAGCUUUAUCCUGCAAUUUGCCAUUCUCACCAUUAGGUUGUGCUGGAAGAUCCUAUUAUAAGUGGUCAUCUUUCAGGAAAUCAUAAUUUACUCUAGUUUUUCUACUUGGAUGUGAUGCAGGUUCUUAAGGGCAGUGGGCACUAAAAAUUAUUAUAAAACUAUUUAACCAUGAAAGACUCUUUCAUCUUGUUGCUAAUUUCCAAGUACGUUUUUGGAUCUAGAUGUUAUUACCCAAUUUAAUGGUUUUUAAAAACCUACCUAUUGUUUGUUUAUUUUUCACCUUUCUUUCAAAAUGUUACGAUCCUCACACAUUCUUAAGUAAUGGUAGAGGUCUGCUCUGUAUGUCCCACAUUUUAAAUAGUUGGCUGAAUCUCUGAGUUUUAGGAAAAAUUAUUUUCGAAAGGAUUGCAAUCUUCAGAUGGAUUUGCUGGUAGGAAGCCGGUUGGAGUAGUUUAAGCAACUUGACAGCCGUUGCUAUGAGUAUGUAAUUUGUUAAUGCUGGAAAGUGUGUUAUCCACCUUGAUAAACCCUAUUGCAUGGUUGUGUAGUCUGGGUUGGUUCUGAUUUGGGAGUAAAGUGAACUCAUUGAGUAGGAUGAAGUGGUUGAUUGUGUGAGUGGAUAAUCUAUGAAGUGGUUCCAGUCUUCCGAGAUGUGGAAAAAUCGUACCUAUCGGGGUGCUAGUCUGUAAGUAUGCAAAAAGGUGGAUUUGAAGGUCAGCAAAUUUGAGUUUGAUUUUCUCUAGCUUAAGCAUCAAUUUUUGUUUUCAUCUAGAAAACUAUGUAUGUUGUUAGGGCCUGCAGUUUCCCAAAAGCAUUGUGGGUAUUGGGCUUCCCCAUUUUGAAAACACGGUUUACAUAGAAAGGGUAUAAAUUUUGUGUAUUGCCAUUGAACCCCCAGGAGCUGUUAUUUUCAUGUUUUUAAUAGUGGAUGCUAAUAAACAGUUUUCCUGUGCUUCCUCUGGGAGGGAGGCAUACAGGGUUUAGUAGUUGAGGGAGUGUUACAUAAGGGCAGAGUUGUGUUUAUAUGUGUACUACUGCAAAUUGUCCUGAUCUUUUUAUCCAGUCUUGGGUGUAUAAUUUAAGGUUUGGGAUAUUUAAAUCUCACAUUAAAUCUGGAUUGAGAUAGUUUGUACAUUGCUAUUCUUGUUUCCAAAGAAAUUUUAGAAAAGAUUUGAUUUAGAGUUUUCAAAUCUGAUCGUGAGCGUAGUAUUGGUAAGGCUUCCAGAGGAUAUUGGAGUUUUGGAAUUUUACAGUGAUUUUUAGGAGAGUGCCUCUCUGCUAAAAGAGUCAAAGGGAGAUGCUCCCAUGAGGAGAGAAAAUCUUUUACCUCUGCCAGAAGUGGUGUCCUAAUAAUUUUGUUUAUAGUGGACAUUUUUAGUGGGAUAUACACCCCUAGAUAUUUCAAAUUUGAGGUUAUCCAUGUUAGGGUAGUUAGAGUUUGUAAGCUUAUUGCUGGCCAUGGGUUCAAUCUUGUUGCUGUUGAUUUAGACCAAUUGAUUUGAAAGCCUGUUAUCGAAACAUAUCUUCCAAAAAGGGUACCCAUAUUCGAUAGGUAUGUUGCUGGAUUCGAGGGAGAAAAGAAAAGCUCAUCUGCAAAGCCAGUGGGUAUCUUGGUGCGGGGUCCCAUAUGUAUGACUUUUAUGUCCAUAGAGGAAUAGAUAAACCAGUAAUUGGAUCCAAUGCUAGGUUAAAAAGAAUUGACGAUAAUGGGCAGCCUUAUGUUGCUGAUUACAAGGUAAUUUGAGUCUAGAUCGGAUGUGUUUUUAUUUUUGUAGAUUGUUGAGUAUAUGGAGCUUUCAUGAAAUUGUAGAACAGAAUUCCAAAAAAAGCUGUGUUUUGGAUUUCUAAAAAGAUGGGGUAGGCAGCUUGGUCAAAAGCUCUCUGAACAUCUAGACUGAGUAAAACUUGCCUGAUCUUUAUUGAAGUGAUUGUUGUAUAUACAAGAGCUGCAGCUAUUGUCAUUCUAAUUCCUUGGAUGGAUUUUCUGCCUCUAGUAAACCUCAGUUUUUGAGGGUGUAAAAUAAAGGGUAGAUACUGUGUUGGGGUCGGUUAGCCAGUAUUUUAGUAAGAGAUUUAGGCCAGAGCAAAGCAGUUAUAUAUCCACUAGAGAGGCAGCAUUGUUAUUUGGAGGUCUGGUAUAAACAGAGCGCCAGAUGUGGCUGGACUUGGAGGUGAUGAAGAGGUUUCCUCUGAAAGAAAUAUCACUGUUUAUUAGAUAUACCCCAAAUGACAACAGGCAUGCAUUUAAUUAUGUAUUUUUCAUUGGUGGUAUAUCUAAAAACAGCUUUCAAAACUGGCAGUUCUGUUGUCUGUUGACUUUGCAAGUCCUCCCCUUUUAACCCCACCCAUACUUUCUGGGGCUGUUCAAUCAGAUACUUUCCAAUGCAGCUAAAAAGAGAGGUCUUUGCAAGGCAUGUGCUCUAGGCAAUUGCUGCCUCUUGAGUUUAGCUCCACUGAGCUAACCAAACCAGAAAGCAAUGUGACAGGUUAUUUGAUUGACAGACAGGCGGUGUAACCAGGUUAAUUUAUAAAACUGCAAAAAUUGCAGAUUCCAAAAGAAAUUGACAAAAUGAAAAAUAUAGGCAUGUACUUUCAGAAUGCUACAGUGCUUUAGAGGCCUGGACUGUCCCCUUAAGGCUGGAGUAGCCAAACUGAAAGCAUUGCUGGCUUGGACUAUUGUUCCAGUUUGGUUAUUUAGACCUUCAUUUUGAAUUCCAACUUUAGUGAAUAAAACAGUUUGUUUGUCUUUCCUGCCUUUUCUACAGGAAAGGACUUGGUAUUCAAGAAGGUGAUUUUCCAUAUGUUCUCUUUCUGCAAAUUAUUUUUUUAUGCAAGUGUAAAUCAGUUUUUGCUUGUUUGUCUUUCUCUUUUGCCAAAUACAUGUAAACUUUGACAACUUAAACUAAAACAUUAUUAAAUUCUUAUUUUCAGAUGAAUUAAAUAAAAAGACCUCUUUGCACGCCGAUGAAAUGAAUAUGAUGAGAAACACUAUUUCUGUUUUGGACAAAGAAAAAGAUAAUCUUCAGGAAACUGUUGAUGAAAAAACAGAAAGAAUUGCAUGUUUAGAAGACAACCUUACUAAUAAAGUAUGUGACCGGGUGACCUUUACUUUUGUAUCAUGACUAAAGUAGUAUUUUUUUAUUUGACCUAUAAAAGUAGGUAAAAUAAUUAAAGCAGCUGUCACCCUUAAAGGGACACUGUAGGAAUCCAGACCACUUCAGCUCAUUGAAGUGGUCUGGGUACAGUGUCCUAUGUCCCUUAACCCUGCAAUGAUAAUUAUUGCAGUUUUUGAUAAUAAACUGCAAUAAUUGCUUUGGAGCAAGCAUGUCAAACUCAAAAGCUAACAUGAGCCAAAUAAACAAGGUUUAAGUUUAUGUGGGUCACAAAAAAAAAAAAAAAGAGUUCGACCUAGACAAACACAAAUUAAAAUUACUUGUGUCAUUCUCAUGUAAUCCUGAGUACAUAUAUAUAUAAUUUACUCGAAAGCCUCACCUCAAGUUACUUACGGUCUCUGUAGUAAUUCCACCGUCUGGAGUGUCCGCUCCCUCAGUCCCUUUGCAAACUGAAAUCUCAGUCCGCUCCACUCGCUUCCUAGUCCCUCUGCAAUCUCCAGGCAGAGUAACGUGUGGCUGCACACUCUGCUCACUUCUCCCCACCUUCCAUCCAUGUCUCUGUUCCCCUCCCCAUAGAAACAUCUCUCUCUCUCUCCCCUCCCAUCCAUUAUUCUCUCCCUCUUCCAUGUCUCCCUCUUUCCAUUUCCAUUCAUGUCUCUCCCCCCCAUAUCUUGUAUUCAUAUUCCCUCCCUACUUCCCUGUUUUCAGUCAGUUGUUCCCUCACAGAGCUGGCGCCCAAGGUUAAGGUAGUGCCGUCUCUGCUCUGCCCUAUAGCUAGAUGGUCGCUUCUCACUCUCAUGGGGCGCACUGACAGACUGAACAUCAGUUAGACACAUGAAACCCGGCGGGAGGGGGAGGCGCUCCCCCUCCUAAUGUACUGUGCAUGCAGUUCCCCUAUGGAGCCACACGCUGCCUGGGAGUGCAGGCCAAACACUUCUGCGGAUGGAGCAUUAUAGGGAACUAUAGUGCUAGGAGUACAAGUCUGUAUUCUUAGCCUGUAGUUUCCCUUUAAAGUGGCAUCCAGCUUGACAUUGGUGCAAUAGGUUAACAUAUCUUCUAGUAGAUCAUUGAUAGCUUCCAAUUCAACAAUCCUUGUGGAAGCUACAUUUGUUAGCUUUGCAUAUAUUUGCACUUUACUACUUUAUCUAACUUCCUUGUUUUUCUUUCCUUUUUAAGGAAAAGACUAUUACAAAUUUAAGACUGACUCUUUCAGACUUGGAGGCCAACAUGGAGUAAGUCAUCACUGAAUUAUUUAUUAGUGUAAAGACACAUGACUAUAAAUAAAAAUUGUGAUAGGUUACUUUAAUUUUCCAUUAGCAAUAAAGAAUUAUAUAGGACUUUAAAUAAUGUUAAAAUCUGUUUGGUAUAAUUCACAUUUAUAACUACAUGCUCUACAGUUAGAGCUUUCAUUUUUAGGUUUGUUUUUUCCCCAUGAUUUUAUGACUCAAAACAGAAAUAAUUGCUUUCCUGAGUUUUAAUUGACUAUAUGGCUAUUCUCUUAGGGUUUCUCUUUUAAAUUCUUCUACUGCUCUUUAUAAUCAUGCAUUGUCUUGUUUGUUUAUUUUUUGGGCAGCCAUUUAAAAGAUUCUCUCAGUAAUAAAGAUCGUGAGAUGUCAAGUCUUCGUCGGCAGCUUGAUUCCUUCCAGUCAGAGCUUGGGGCAAAUGUGAGACAGACCGAAGUUACUCUUAAAGAAAACAGAAGAUUACAAGAUGAUUUAGCGACUAUGGCCAGAGAGAAUCAGGUGGAUAACACAGCCCUUACUAAGAUGUAUAGUGUUACAAAUUAAAUAUUUAUAUAAAAUUUAUUUUCUUCAAAUUUAUGAAGCUUAGAAUUAUGUAUGAUGCUCCAAGGCUUGUAUGUUGAUGGUUUGACACCCAUUACCCUGGAGCCUUUGAUGUUGGUGCACUUUUGGUGCUUCCAUAGGCAGGUUGGUACGUCUUAAUAAAUGUUUGUUUUUCCUGCUUAGCUGCUCACCACCUUAGUCUCAUUCUGUGAGCUUGUGUAGCAUACAAUUUCACAGUCCAGCUUUAUCCAAUAUGUAUUUCCUCUUUAAUAGCAAAUAUAGUUGGCACUGACAGAUUUAGCAGAGGAUACAAUGGGAGUUGAUGAAAUGUAACAUCAUAUGACUAUAACAUGUUAAGAGAAUGCUUGACCGUCUGCUUGAUGUUCUGCUCCUGUGAUGGCUGAAAUAACCAAAACAAAAGCUAUAUCCACGUCCAUCUAGCAGUCUAUUGCAGACUAAAACUCAUAACUCUUCAUUUCAUAGCUGUAUAAAAUUUAUAACAUUUUACAUAUAAGUACUUUUUUGUCUUUUACCCAGACCGUUUCCUUGGAGUUAGAAAAUGCACUACAUCAAAUAGAAGACUUAAAACUGCGAGUUCAUGGAUACAUUUCUGAAAUUUCUAGGGUUGAGACAUUACUUGCAGCAAAGGUAAGCAUGUUCUUUUUUUUAAAUUAACACAAGAUAAUUAAAAGGUGCUCUAAGCAGUCCUAACCAUUACUGAUCAUUUAGUGAUUAUAGUACCAUCUUCAAUUGCUGUGACAAGAUCAGUCUCUUCCUGGCAUGCAAAGUCCAGCCACUAUGUUUCUUGUUUUGUAAUGCUUGUAAAUAUGUGAUCUUUAUUGACUUUCUUCCUUGUUAUUUAACUACUGAGUUUUUCUGUAUGUGCUUGAUUUUCAGGAGCAGGAGAACCGUGAGCUUCUAGACCAGUUCAAGAUGAUCCACAGCCAAGCUGAAGAAUGGGAAGUCAAAGCACAAAAUGCAGAGGGGGAGAACAGCUCAGUUAGGCUGGAAUUGCUUUCUGUGGAUACCGAUCGAAGACACCUGAGAGAGCAAGUUCACCAUUUGGAAAAUGAGAUCCAAGAGGUUAGAAUGCUGAUGCUAGCUGGCUGAUAAGAUGUGCCUGUUUCAUUGUUACAAUGAAAGGAAACCAGAUUCUGAAGCAACAAAAUGUUCAACACAAAAGUGCAAAUGAGCACUGACAAAAGGAGAACCACAAAGGAUUCUGAGAGUUAUAAGAAACAGGCUAAAAAUGGCGCAAUCAGCAUAGAUGUUUCCCAAAACAGCUGUUUUAUAUUUUUGUAUACAUUAUACCAAACUAAAAUAUGAUCUCAAGAUACUUCUUUUCCAUUUCUUUGCUGUCUGGAGUGUUAAGAGUGUACUGUUCUUUUUUUCAGCACAUGAAUGCUCAUCAAGCGUAUGAAUCUCAGAUCUCAUCAAUGGCAAAAUCCAUGUCUAGGCUAGAAGAUAAGCUUAAGCAUGAGCAAAAUGAAAAGGAUACGAUUUUAUCAGAUCUAUCUUCUGUCAGGGAGCUCUGUGUGAAGCUGGAUUCUAACAAAGAGCAUUUGUCAAGGCAGCUAACUGGCAGAAACAUGGAAUAUGAAAGGGUAAGUAUCAGAAGUACAAUCUUUAAUAUGCCCCCCACCCCCCAAAUAAAACUGGAAAUAUCAGAUUAUUUAUUCCUUCAUUUUGAAAUAAAAUGGAUAAAACUACGACUAGGAUUACCAGAAAAUAGACAUUCCAAUUCAUAGAUCUUAAUCAAGAUGUUGUAUGCAGAGUAGAAUAUCAGUGUUCCUUUCCUUAUUUUUUUAUGUUGAUUUUUCAUUUUAUUUAAAAAAAUGUAAUUUUGGCAAUGUCAUUUCUCUCUUUCAUCCUAGUUGUAACAGAGCACCUGUGUUCUACCCUACAGAUGCAUUGUAAUAAAGUUUCUUUUAAAAAAAAACUCACUUUGUUCAAUUUCAGCCUUUCAUACAUCUGUUUUUACAUUUCAGUCUAUUUUAUUAAGUGACUGACAAUUCGAGCUUACAAGAUAACGGUCAUAGUACAAGGUACAAAAGGGGGAGCAGUAACUUGUCAGCUUUUCAGGGAAAAAUCAAUCAAUCUGUGAAAAGCAAAAAUGUAACAAAACAAAGCUUCAUUGUCUCAAUCACAUCUUUUUUUAUUUUGUUUCUGUUUAUCAAAGUAUAUAAGAAAAAAACUGUUUAAAAUAAUUUCCAAUUCUCACUAAAAAAGGUGAAUUUCUUUUUUUUUUUUUUUGACAUGUUGACAUAAUACUGUAUUGGAUCUGUUUAUGAUACAUUGAUAGUAACUUAACUUGACACGCUGCAUAGUUAAAUAAGUGGGUAUCCAAUUCAUUUAGAUGAUUUUGUGGGACUUUUCUUAAUCAUUUUUCCCUUGUACUUAGACCUUGGCUUAGUCUUGUUUUUAAGUUUUCUUUGAUGUAUUUUCUCACCUUUCAUUGUGUGUGUAUUCUUGCUUGAACUGCUGUAAUAGACUUCUCGAUUAAGUCAGGCAGUCAUAGCUAGGGUGUAUGUGUUUUUGGUUUGACAAUAAAGUAUCUUCGUGAUUUUUAUUUUUGUUUUUCCACUAUGUCAUAUUAGAUAGUGUUGGAACAGAUUUUCGCCUCUUUUUUGUUAUAUCCAUAAUGCUGAUGGAUGAUAAAACAGGCUCUUUCUGGCUCCUCUCCCAGAUCAUAUCUCUAAUAAUAAUUAGUGUGGUAGUUUUAAUUGUCCCACCUAGGUUGUAGAAGUCUGGACCUACCGCCCUGUGAGAUACAACCUUUCUCUAUCUUUCAAUCAUACAGUCCUCUGUGUUCAUCACUCAGAAAGCAACUAAAUGUUGUGUAGAAAGUUUACAGAAAACCUGAUAAUUCCAAAGAAAAAAUAGUAAUACAGCCUGUAUAGCUGUAUUUAUGAGGGUCCAUAUUGCAUUGGAAGCAGGGGACAGAGUAAGAUGAUGUUGUGUAUGGCACAUUUAUGAAAACAAAAAGUUUUUCAUUUUGAUGCAUUGUAACCGGUGGCAGUUUGUGGUUCUCUACAAAUCAUGCAGUAUAAUGUAUUUUACUCAUUAGGCCUUGGAAGCAAUGGAAGAUAUGAAGUCUGAAGUGGAGCUUCUGAAGAAGCAACUUUCCAGUGAACGACUCACAAUUCGAAACCUGGAAACAUUGCUGUCCACUAAUCGGGAGAAGGAGUUUCAGAGUCACUUAACCACCCAUGAGAAAGACUCAGAAAUUCAACUGCUUAAAGACAAACUAACGCUUUCCGAAAGUAAACUGUGAGUUUCAGUCAUUUGCUUCAUGUAUCUUUUUUAUUUUAGUUCGCAAGGUCUGUUUUUUUUUUUUUGUUUUGUUUUGUUUUUUUUUAAUAUUGGAGAUUUUUCCAUUUACUAACUGUUAAUCACCUAUGCAUUUAAAGGAACAGUCAUUCUCGAGAAGUACUCAUGCUUCGAAAUAAGCUAACACAGCUGCAAUCAGAUUAUGAUGUUGCAAAAAGGCAGCUCACUACAGAGCGGUUUGAAAGGUAGGACUAUUUACUCUUUUGCUAUUGGGUUUGUUAUGUAUUUUGUUCUCAAACCCUCCCUCAAACUACGUGUGUUCUUAUAAUUUCAUUAUAUGACCAUAUGUUCUUGAAGAUGUCUAAGUGUGCGUGCCUGUAUUCAAGUUUAGAGUGUGAAACAUGCUUUGGAAGCAGUUGGCAGAAAAUAUGUUAUAGUAUGCAGAAUUUUGUGGAAUCUUGCAAAUAAGAGACAAGUAUUUUAAUUUUAUUACAUACAGAGGUGGUUAGCUCAAGCCUUGGUAAUGUCUAAAGAGAUACUCUAAAUAUUAUUUCAACCUAUACUUAUUGCAGUUGCGGUUUUCCUGCUGACCAUUUUUUAACUGCAGAAAUUUUAAUAAAUUAUUGUACCUAUAAGUCUGCUGUAUUCGAUUCAAAUGAGGAACAUUUAUCUCCUAAUCAAGAGCAAAUAUUGUAGAGCAAGCAUAAACAACAGAAACUGCAUACGUGUGGGAUAUUAACCCCAUAAAAAGGUAGUGGGUGCCGCAGACAGAAGCGGUCUCUUCCAAUAGCAGACAUGGAUUUAUUUAUUAAAAUACAAAAAAGAAAUUCAAGAUAAAACAGCCAAGCUUUCACUAUAUUUGAGUUGGGAGACGUAAUAUUUCAGUUAAGAAUUUGGUGUUUGGCAAAUAAACAUUUGCUAGCAUGCCUGCUAGAACAAUGUAUGUAUUAUUUUUUUCUGAAGCUAAACUCGUGUUUACCAAAACAAGCACAUGUUAUUAAACCUAAAACUGCCUACAACUGCUAGCUAAAAAGUAUUAACCAAAAAAAAUGCCAUUACACAGGGCUACAGUACCACAUGUGGCUUUCCUCUGUGAUCUAGAAGAGCCUUUUUUUUACAUUGUUGUUCCACAUAAGUUCUGCACAUUCGUUGAUCUGUGUUAAUAUGAGAUUGUCUUAUACUUACAACAAGAUAAGGAUUGCCACUAAUAAAACCGCAAGUCAAAUCUGCUUAUAAAUACUUUAUUAAAUCCACCAAAAUAAAAUCACAAACCUACAAUGUAUAAAGCAACCAAACAAAAAGGCACGUGUAUAAAUUCAAUCACCAUCAGUAAUAAAGCCUAAAGGGUGCCUUUGGAGACUUGUGUUUUGUCCUAUUUAGGCUUGAUUACUGAUGGUGAUUGUAUUUGUACAUGUGCCUUUUUGUGUGGUCGCUUUAUACAUUGUAUGUUUGUUAUUGUAUUGUUUGGUGGAUUUAAUAAAGCAUUUAUAAGCAGAUUUGACUUGCUGUUAUAUUGGUGUGCAAAAAAGAAGAAAGGAUGAGAACUCUGAGAACGGACAAAAGCUUAGAGAGACUCUAUAGCUUGCCCUUCGAUACAUGCCCGCUCAGGUCUCAAAAUAGUUUUUGCUCACUUGUGCCAUUACAGAGAAAACAUAUCUGAAUCAUAUCAGACUGGUCCCACCCGUACAGGCAGUCCAGAUCCGAAAUGUCAGAAAGUUCUGUCUGCACGAGAGAUACAGCAACCCCAGACUAUCGUUUCGGCCUUAUUUUGGGCAUCGUCAGUGAGGUGUAGCUGAUAUCCAUCUAGGCACAGUGAGCACGGGGUCCAUGUCUGGAUUACCCUUUAUAUUAGUAUGCAUCCUUAUCUUGUAAAUAUAUGUUGUUUGGGGGCAAUUGAGGGAAUGCUUUGAGGUUUUACACCUAAGCAUAUAAAUAUUUUCAUAUUUUAACUCCGUGCGAUUAUGGUAAUAUGAGAUUGACUGCCUGCAAGAAGUAGAGACUUCCAUGUAGCCUUACUCUGUGUGUCUCUUCUCUGGCAAAUCCUUUCUUAAUUACAUCACAUUUACAGAGAGAGAGCAGUUCAGGAGUUGCGUCGACAUGGUCUUAACACAUCGACUGUGCGUACAUCAUCACCACUAACCUCAACAAUGAAAUCACCAGCAGUGUCCCCUGAGCGAUCUAUUUUGAGAUCUGUUGAUAAAGGAGCUGACAAGUCAGCUGAGAAGUAAGCCGUUUGUCUGUCUGUCUGUCUAUCUAUCUAUCAACCGGAAAUGGGUAAUAUACAAUUAGUUUCUCACCAUAUCUUUAGAAUCCUUAGAAGUGUAACAACUGUUGUAAAAGUAAUGUAAGCUCUAGGGCAGGGGUAGGCAACCUAUGGCACUAGUGCCAUGCACUGCACUCGAGGUGCCUUUGCACGGCACUCAAGGCUACAAGAGCCAAACAGGCUCUGGCCUGUCAGAGUAAGUGAUCUCAGAUCACUUCCUCCCAGCACUUGUGAAUGGGAAUCCACACUGGAGUAGAGCAGCCCACAGAUUCCUGUUGCAGCUUCUGUCCUUGAGCUGUACCUGGCCAGCCUGGUCCCCACUAAAACCCAGGGAAGCCUCAGAGCUGCAGAUUAACCCUCCCCUCAUACAAAUAAUACAAACACACACACACACACUCCGCACAAAUACAACACCACCAACAGUCCAUAUACAUGCACACAACCCCACAUGCAAUACCCCAAACAGCCCCACAUCCAUCCACACACUAUUCCACAAGCAGCCCAAAUUCAUAUGUAUUAUAUAUGAUACCACAAACUAUUAAAGAACAUAUACCACAUAAUAUCUCAUAUAUGCACAAAUACAAUGAUACAAAGCAAAUGCAGUAUAAAUAACAAGAAGAAUAUGGCAACAUGCACACCUCAAUUUAAAGAAAUAGGACAGACACACUACGGGACAUUACAAUCAUAUUUUGGCACAGUGCUGCUAAAAGGUUGCCUACCGCUGCUCUAGGGAAUAGACUGAUAUCUGCAAGCUAUAAACAGAAAACAGUAUUAAUGUUGGUGACAGAACGUUCAGUACAGAAAAGAGAAUACAUAUAAAUUGAUAUUGCCCUAAUUUUCCUAUACAAACUGUAGAUGCAUUUUUUUUUAUAUAUUAGAUUCACAGCUGAAGUGUUGGUGAAAAGUAACAUUUAAAUCUUCAGUAUAAUAAUAGUCCAGCUUAAAAGGAACACUAUUGACACCCAGACCACUUCAUCUCUUUGAAGUGGUGUUGGUGCCAUGUCCCUGUUCCCUUAACCCUGCAAUGUAAAACACUGUAGUUUUAGAGAAACUCCAAUGUUUACAUUGCUGUGUUAAGACUGCCUAUAGUGGCUAUCUAAGAGAUAUAGGAUAUUCCUAUAUCUACAGUGUAGUGAAAAGUGAAUACAUAAAAGGGGGGGUGGAUAACUUACCCGUCUAGAUAUAAGUUAUACGGAAGAUAAUGUCUGGUGCAUACAGAACAGAAUGAACAAAAUAUAGUGCAGAUGGUAUUGGAUCACAAUAAUGUAAAGUACUUUGAGAUUGGGUCACUCACAUGUAAUGGAGCCUAUAUAAAUUGGCUCCGUAUAUAGGGCGGCACCACACCACUUCCUUGAGGAUAUUCCCUCCCUCAGAGGGACACUAUAGUGGUAAGAAUAAGCUUUGUAUUCCUUACACUAUAGUGUUCCUUUAAAGCAGUGGUUCCCAACCCAGUCCUCUAGUACCCCCUAACAGUCCAGGAUUUGGGGAUUACCCAGUUGUGUCAAAGGUGUUUGUAGAAGGAAAAAAACACUUUAGACACAGCAGUGUAAUCCUUAAAUCCAGGACUGGUAGGGGUACUUGAGGACUGGGUUCGGAACCCCCGCUUUAAAGGGACAAUCUAAGCAUCAAAAUAUCAUCUUAACGCGGCUCUGUCAUUUUCAAAGAUUCUUAACUAUGAUGUCGCUGCUUAAAGGACCACUAUAGGCACCCAGACUACUUCAGCUUAAUGAAGUGGUCUAGGUGCCAGGUCCAGCUAGGGUUUUUUUUUUAUAAACAUAGUAGUUUCAGAGAAACUGCUAUGUUUAUGUUAGGGUUAAUCCAGCCUCCAGUGGCUGUCUCUUGACAGCCGCUAGAGGCGCUUGCGUGCUUCUCACUGUGAAAAUAACAUUGUGAAUGUUUUCCUAUGGACUGGCUGAAUGCGCGCGCAGCUCCUGCUAUGCAUGCGCAUUCAGCCUAGGAGGAGGAGAGCUUCCCUGCCCGGCGCUGGAAAUAGAGGUGAGUUUAACCCCUUCCUGUCCUCCGAGCCCGGCGGGAGGGGGUCCCUGAGGGUGGGGGCAACCUCAGGGCACUAUAGUGCCAGGAAAACAAGCGUUUUCCUGGCACUAUAGUGGUCCUUUAAGGAGCAGUGACCUUGGGGUGCAGCAGAGGUGAGUAUUACUUGCUUAAUGCAGUCCCCCUUGGGCAGCCUGCCAUUUUUAGUGAUUACUGAUGUAUGUCUCCAGAGGAUCCCGUGGGAGUCUCCAUAGAUAUUGUCUAGCAGCAAAAGUUGGCUGCAGUAGCUCCUACUUAGGCAAACGCCCAAAAAAAACAAAACAAAGUAGUCCCUAAUUUGUCUUAUGAUGCAUUUUGACUGCAGUGGAAUGGAAGUAAAAUUCCAAACGUAUUUAUGAGCAUUUCGUGAAGUAUGUAUGUGUGUGUGUGUAUAUGUAUAUAUAUGUAUAUGUAUAUAUAUGUAUAUGUGUAUAUAUAUAUAUAUAUAUAUAUAUAUAUAUAUAUAUAUAUAUAUAUAUAUAUAUAUAUAUAUAUAUAUAUUUUAGUAGGUGGAAAAGCCUACACGUACUAGGAGAUAUCUUACCAGAUGCUACAAACUGUUGAGAAUAAUCAUAUAAAAGAUAAUCUAAACAGAGCGUUAAAAACUCUAAAAUAUACAAUAGGAACCGCUUAUAAACACAUAAAUUGAUAGAAUAAUAAAAUACAAAAACAGUGAUUGCGAUAUAAAUAAAUUCACUAGGUGGCAGCUUGUAUAAAAAAAUCUUUGGUAUAGAGGGAAUUUUCCACUAAACAACAAAAAAUCUUAAUAUAUUAAAAAUGGGGGGAAAAACCUUAGGAUUAGUAGGUAUUAUCACAGUGACUGCAAUUAUAAAAAUAUAAAAGUAGAUUGUCCAAAACAUCUUGAUAGUCCAAAAAAAAUGCAGAACGAUGGAAAAGUAAAUUAUUGUCCAAUAGUGUCUUUAACAGACAAAAUUCUUAUAGUGCAAAAGUACCAAUAUCACAUCCCACACAGUGUGCUUCUGCUCAAUAGAAAUAACAGUAGAAGUAAAGUGUCAAGUUGUGGAUAUAAUGUAACCAGUGUUGGUAUAUAUCAGUAAAAUAUCGGAUAGCAGCAAAAAAUAAGUUACUCAGUCUCUUUUCUUUUCAAGUUACAAUUUAAUUUACUUUUGUUUGAUAGGCCUUUACUCUAAACACCAUGCCCAGUUCUGCUUUUUGAUGUAGUAGGAGUCUUGCUGUGCAGUGUUUCAGCUUGCACAUCCAGAGUUAUUGGCAAUUGUGUACCGGGGACUAGUUGCACCACCCAAUAGGACAUUAUUCAAACGGGGAAAACGGUUAGAGUAACCCUUUAUAGGGACACUCCAGGCACCCAGACCACUUCUGCUCAUUGGAGUGGUCUGGGUGCCAACUCCCACUACUCCUAACCAUGCAAGUGUAAUUAUUGCAGUUUUUUAUAAACUGCAAUAAUUAGGGAUUAUUCUAGCCCUAGUGACUGAAUAAUUUAAAUUUUAUUAACGACAGGAGGCUUCGUAUUUGCUUAUCUUUCUUUACUGAACCUCCCAGCAGCAAAUAAAUAGUUAACAAUAGUGUAAAACAAUUCAACCAAUCAGAGUGUAUAACAGUAUUAUAUGAUGUCAUCAAGCUCCUCCCAAAUCCUCUUUCUUGCUGUAGCCGACGAUAUCGGAGUAUCAACCAUGUAAACUAUAACUAUGAACUGUGCACUAAUCAGAGGUCCUGAUGUAGUCAACCAUGUAAACUUUCAACGGGAUUGAUGGAUCCAUAUAUCACAAGUGUUGGGGUUCUUCACACUAAAGGGAAGUAGAGAAAAACCAUGAGAGUAUAGGUUCUCAUACUAGUUGAAUGCAAGUAUAUGGCAUGCAUACUAGGAACAACAAUUUCAAUACAUUUCAUGUAAAAUGAUGUUAAGUAUAUCAAACUCCUGGUUAGAGUGUUGUGGUGUAAACCUAUGACAGAUGAUGUGUGAAUGUGUCUGAAACACACUAGGAAAAAAUAUACAGUAACUUACCUUAGGGCGGGUAGAAAUGAUAAUGAAAACAAAGAAGGGAGGGAAAAUAUUCGCCUCCUGUCGUUAAUAAAAUUUAGAUUAUUCAGUCACUAGGGCUAGAAUAAUCCCUAUUUAUGGCAAGACAGGAAGCUUCAUAUUUGCUGUUUUAAUGCUCCUAUAUGAUAGAAGAUGCAGCAUGUGGCAUAGGUUUGAAGUAGAAUAUACGAAAGGUAGACUCCCUCGACCAAUCCGCAGACGACAAAAUGUCUGAGAGGGAGCUACCCGCACGAAAGGCUGAGGAUGCGACUGCUCCUCUGACCCAAUGCGCACCAAAAGAGGAAUCAAUGUCUGCUUGGGCUAGUAUCCAUCUGAUCCACCGCGCGACGGUGGGAGCGGACACCGGUUUGUGUGGUUUGACAUAGGACACGAGAAGGGGUCCUGUAGGGGGACGCAGAGUGGUUGACAUCUAUAUAGUGCCUUACGCAGAGCGCCACACAGAGUGACUGUCUAUUCGGAAAGUAAUGGUAGAAUACAGCAGAGGAAUUAGUCUUUGUUCGCCUAGUGAUGUGAAAUUUAACGCCUUCCAGUGAGAAAACUACAGCGUGGAAAUCAAAUGCUUGAAUGUCGGAGACCCUACGGAAGGAUACCAGACAUAGGAGUAAGGCCAGUUUGGCAGAGAGUUGACGUAACGUCAAAUUCUCAUUAGAGGGCCAGGAUUCUAAAAAAGGGAAAAAACCUGAGUGACAUCCCAGAAAUUUGAAUAUUUAGGAAGAGGGGGUCUGGCUAGCCUGAUCCCUCGUAAAAGUCUACAAACUGAAGGGUGUUUUCCUAUUGAUGCAUUGUCAAUAGGGUUGUGGGCCGCAGGAGUCCCAUAGGAGAGCCUGAGCUGUCUCCGAAAGUCCCGAGACAUUCCAGGAUCCCCUGAAACGGUCCAAGCUACAAGCUGGAGCCGCCCUUGAAGGGUGAAUGGGUGACACUGCCCUGCUGGAUUCCUGAGGAUGUCGGGGAAUCGAGGUAGUAGAAUUGGACAAUUCACUGACCGUUGUAGCAGGGUUGGAAACCAAGUCUCAGCUCUCCAUAGCGGAGUGACAAUAACUAUCGUCACUACUAGGGCUUUGACCCGGUAAAAGGUGCGCUGGAUCAUGGAGAAAGGCGGGAACGCAUAAGCUCCUGUCUCCGGCCAAGGGUGUAGAAAGGCAUCGACUGCGCAGGACUGGGGAUCUGGAAGCCAGCUGAUAAAGGCCUCCGUCUGGUGAUUCAGCCGAGAUGCAAACAGGUCCAGUGUGAGGGGCCCGUGAAGACAAUGAAUUUGAUAGAACAAGCGGGGAUCCAAUUGCCAGUCGGUUACAUCCCUCCAAUGGCGAGAGAACCAAUCUGCGACUAGGUUGUCCGUGCCCGGUAGAUAUUCCGCUCUGAUGGAUUAAUUCCGCUCUAGGCAGAAUUGGUAGAGUUCCUUGGUAAGGUCGGACAGUAGUUUGGAUCGGGAACCUCCUAACCGAUUCACAUAACGCACUGCAGAGACAUUGUCCAUGCGCAGUACUAGUGAACAAUUGAAACAAUCUUUUGCUAAACUGCGAAUCGCAUAAGAUCCUGCAAUCAGUUCUAGGCAAUUGAUGUGCAGUGCUUGAUCGGAGGGGGACCAUGGUCCCCCGGUGGACCUUUUGGCGCCCCUUCCCAGGAGACUGGCAUCGGAUUCCAGAAUGAAGUCUGGUUGCGAUCCGAAAAUGGCUUUGCCAUUCCAGGCUUCCAUGUUGUGAAGCCACCAGUGAAGUUCUAUCCGAACUUCGUCUGUUAGAUAGAUGUUCUGAUUGUAGGAGGUGGAACGGUGUAGGUAGUAUGUCUUGAGCCGUUGCAUGGCUCGGUAAUGUAAAGGUCCCAGGUAAAUGGCUUGGAUAGAGGCAGACAGUAGGCUUAUGGUAUGGGCCAGAUCGCGUAGGCGAAUCUGGUGGGCUGAUAGCAAUUUGCGAAUGUCUUUUUUUUUUUUUUUUUUUAUAGUUUUGAAUUUUGCGGAGGGUAGUUGCAAAAUCGCCUAUACAGAAUCUAUCCGAAAUCUGAGAAACUUAACCUUCUGAGAAGGUUUCAGGGCCUAUUUCUGAAAAUUGAUUACAAAACCUAGGUUUUGUAGCAAGGUCUACAAUGCUUUCCUAUGGACGCUUGCGUGUUCUCACUGUGAUUUUCACAGUGAGAAUCACGCAAACGCCUCUAGCGGCUGUCAAUGAGAGGGACCUGGCACCCAGACCACUUCAUUAAGCUGAAGUGGUCUGGGUGCCUAGAGUGGUCCUUUAAAGGCAAAACCAUAUAGCAAUAUAAUUGGAAUAGACUCACCUGGGAGGCAAGCAGCAAAGAAAGAGGAUUUGGGAGGAGCUUGAUGACAUCAUAUAAUACUGGUUGAAUUGUUUUACACUAUUGUUAAAGGACCACUCUAGGCACCCAGACCACUUCAGCUUAAUGAAGUGGUCUGGGUGCCAGGUCCCUCCAGGAUUAACCCUUUUUUUUUUUUUUUUAUAUAUACAACAUAGCAGUUUCAGAGAAACUGCUGUAACUCUUCAGUUAAUCAGCCUCUAAGAAGCCUCUGGUAGCUGUCUCGUACGACAGCAGCUAGAAGCAUUCAACGUCUUUCUCACUGUGAAAAUCACAGUGAGAAGGCAUCUCCAGCAUCCAGAAAGCAUUAUGAAUGCUCCUAUGGGGCUAACUGAAUGUGCGCAUAGCUCCUGCACAUGCGCAUUCAGCUGAAGAGGAGGAGAGCUCCCCGUCCGGCGCUGGAAAAAAGGUAAGAUUUAACCCUUUCCUCGCCAUCCAGCCCGGCGGGAAGGGGUCCCUGAGGGUGGGGGCACCCUCUGGGCACUAUAGUGCCAGGAAAACGAGUAUGUUUUCCUGGCACUAUAGUGGUCCUUUAACUAUUUCUUUGCUACUGGGAGGUUUAGUAAAGAAAGAAAGAUAUAGAUAUAGAUAUAGAUAUAUAUAUCUCUAUAUCCUCCUGUCCUGCCAUAAAAUUACCUUGCAGGGUUAACUCCACCUCUAGUGGAUGUCUAGUAGACAGCCACUUGAGGGCACUUCCUGGAUCAUAGCACAGGAAACCUGUGCUAGAGCGUCGCUGGACGUCCUCACGCUGUGUGAGGACAUCCAGCGUCGCUCAUUUCCCCAUAGGAAAGCAUUGAAAUGCAUUCUCAAUGCUUUCCUAUGGGGAGCACUAAUGCGCAUGCACGGCAUUGCCACGCAUGCACAUUAGGUCUCCCCGGCCGGUGGAGGAGGAGCGGCGGCGGAGGGAGAAGCAGCGACGUGGGACAUGUCGCUGCCUCAGGUAAGUUACUGAAGGGGUUUUCACCCCUUCAGCAACUGGGGAUUAGCGGGUGGGAGGGAGAGGGGACCUGCAGUGCCAGGAAAACAGAUUGUUUUCCUGGCACUGUAGUUUCCCUUUAAGGAUUACCGUAUCCAUUUUAAUUCCUAAAUUAACAGACUUUUGCCUGUUGCUAUUGCGGUCAUGAUCACUAAUAAGCAGUAUUCCACUGAAGAGUUUUUGUGUGUUGUUGUGCUGUUUGUUUUUUGUAGAGAAGCUUAAAAGCUUACUGGAAUCACCAACUUAUCUAUCAAAUAUAACAUCUUGAUAGAGUUUAGAAAUAAAUGUGCCAAUUGGCAAAAAGUUGAAUCAACCUUUUGAUUCCUUCUCUAUCUUUCAUACUGUCCCAUAGAAUUUUUUUUUUGAAUGCAAAAUUGAUGUUAUCUUUCAAUAAAAUAUCAGCACUUAGGGAUUAGUACCAUCCAAUCUUCACUACAUAUGCGUGGAUUUCAAUCUAUUCAUUUGUUUUCUACUGCUGAUGUAUUGUGUAUGAUAACAAUGUGUUUCCUUUUUAAAUAGGAGUGUGAGCUUCAAGGAGUGACAUAUAUGAAGUAUCUAAAUGUACUAAGGAGGAAGCAACUUGUUAAGCUUGGCAUCAUGCAUAUACAUCUUGAUGGGGUUUGCAGGAGAUAUACCACGGUUAGCUCUAAAAACACCCUCUGGAAACAAAUUUUUUUUGUAAAAUAUCUAGGAAUAUCAUUUUCUGUGUUCUGAUUAAAUUAUAAGCCAUAUGUGUAAAAUCUAUUUUUGUACAUUAAAUAUUGUUACAUGGAAGAUUCCUUUUAUAUUUGUAUUAAUAAUGUUUACUAUAUUUAAAGUUUAUACUUGUCAUGCUGUACUUCAACAGGGAGAAUCUCACAAAAGCACUGGGCUCUUCCUUUACUAUGCAUUGGAAACAACUAUGCAGUUGUAGCAAAAUUCGUUUAGAGUAUGCAUCUUUUGUUUAAAUGGUUUUUAAUUAAUGACUGUGAAUAACUACACUUAACGUGAGAAUAGAUAAAUUUUUAUUACUUCCCUGCUGCAGUGCCUAUUACAUAUUAGUUAUUUAAAUAUGUAAUGACUAUAAAACAUAUGUUUCUUACAUUUUGCCUUUUUAAUUAGCUGUUCAAUUCCUGUUAUAGUAUGUAAUCUGCCUACAUGUGUAGGCUUUCCCUAUUUACAUAUUCUCUUCAAACUAUGUGGCUUGUUUUUUUUAUUUUUUUUUUACAACUUUCUUGGGUCCAAAUACUGUUGUUUCUGGUGGCUUUUCUUAAGGUUACCAUAAAACUUCUUUUGAUCCCCGACUCAUUCACCACACCAGUAUUUCAGAACUGGUUUUCUAGCCCACACUCUUAGACAAAACUAACUACUCAUAUUUUUGGUUUUCGCUGAAUGGAAAGACACAGACUUGAACUACGUUUUCAUUUAAUGCUUUACCCUCUUUCUCAGCUUCACGUCUUGUAUUAUUUGCAUUGUCUGUUGCCUUCGGACUGUUGGAAUUUGUAUUCUUUUGUGUUUUUGUUGAACCGAUUUUGAAGUCUUUGCUGAUCAUUCUUCUACAUUCAAACUGGCUAAAUGUACUGGUUACAAAGUAUAAGACAUGGCAUCCACUUAAUCUGGAUGUAUUUUAUUCCUGGUUUGUUCUCUAGCUGCACACUAGACGAUAGUGGCUUCCGUACUUGGAAAGCUACACCACCUCACAGCCUUGCUAUCCACAUAUUGGCUACUCCAGUCCUAUAGUCAUAGAUACUAUAAUUUAGCUUCUGCUGUGUUAUAUGUUAAAGUCUGUCAAAUCCUUACGUGUGUGCAAGCUUGACAAUUCACAAGUAGUUAAAUUGCAGCCAAACCACUUUUUGUUUAAUUCAAAAAGUUCCCUCAUAUGUUGGAACAAGUAAAUAAAAUGUGCAAUGGUGCAAACUGUUACAAAGUUCACUUUUGCUAGGUACAAAAUAUGAACCAGUGUGUUUUGGCAUCAUUAUCUGUGCAAUAUAGUGAUAACUUAAAGAACAACUGUCACCUCAAAACCAUUUUUUAAUAUAAUACGUUCAUCAAGUUUUGAAAGGAAAUAUAUAUUUUUUUUUAAUGAAAUAUAUGUAAUAACAAGUUAGAAAAACUCAUCCAUGCCUUUAGUUUCUGACCGCAUCCUUCAGCCAUAUACAUACACCUUGGGUCAGACAGCUUUUGAAAACUGACAGUCUCCAUGAUCUUUUCUGCUUCACUUCCUGCACAGCCAACAUCACAGCCUCACUUGCCAUGGUCCAAUCAAACGAUUCCCAUGAGCUGUGAGGGAGGUUUAAAUCCACUAAAUGUUACUGGGGAGGGCUGCUGCUUGCAAGAGAGAAUCGCAUUACAUCCAUUGAUAGUGCAAUGAUGACAGACAUAUAUUUUUUUGCACAGUAUUCACAUUUGGCAGCCUGGAACAGCUGGUUGUGGUGGUUUGAGUAACCCUUUAAAAUACUAGUAACACAGAAUGGUACAACUUAAAAUUAACAUAAUUACUAAUUAAUGCAUCAAUGCUAAUAUAUCUAAUUUAUAACUCAAACCAUUUUGUUCUGUGGUUUUAAAUCUGUUACCUCCUCUCCACUGUGGUUUAACCGGUUACUCCAAGCACCAUGGUGCUUGGAAUAUGUACGUUCAGCAUUCAAAUAGAGUUGUGGGCUGGCUAAUGCCAAGUUUGUGCAUAUUCGGCGUCUGUCAUAAACAUGCACAGCAUUCCAGUGGCGGCAUAGUGAGGGGGAGUGACAGCACCAGAGGAAGAAUGAUCUGCACAGUGUGUUUAUUUAUUUAUUUUUUUGUUUGUUUUUCUCUGUGUGUUCUAUAACAAUUGCACUUUUUGACGGUUUGCAUUGUAAUUUUUACUUAUGGUUUUGUUUUUCUGUUUGGGGAGUUAACGGAGCUGAUACUUUACAGUUGGCGGCAAAGUUUUCUUUAAUAGAACUAUUAACUAGCAGUGAUUCACAAUACUGUAUUUAUUUAUAAAAAUAAAACACAAUUGUUUUGUUAUUCAAAUACAAAGAAGUACAGCCUUGACCCUAAGGCACUGUAACGUGACCUCCACCCCUCCCAAACCAUUCUGUUAUUGUGGCAUAAUGUUUAUGUAAAUGGUAGCAUUGGCAUGGGCUGAGACAUAACGUAUAAACUAUAAAAUUGUUAGCAAUCUGCAUACUACAAUGGUAAGAGUUACAUUUUAUUAACUACUUGUCAUCAACACAAUUAUGGAACAAAAGUAUUCUUUGAAAGUAUGUUUGUCUAACAGUAUCAUGAUCUCUGUUUAGAAUUUGACAACCACGUGAAGGAAGAACAAUUCCUGGAUGCAGUUUACAAAUGUUCAUUUUCCAAAUCUGGUUGUUUUGGAACAGUAUAGGUGCUGUUUUUUUAUCCUGUGUUUUUAUACAGUUAAUUUAAUAUAUUGACAUUUUAAUAGACAAAUGUGUUUUUUGGGGGGGAAAUCCACACCACUUAGAGUGUUUUUA